CCUCAUUUUAAUAACAGCGCAUAGUACAACAACAACAACAACCACAAUAAUAAAGUGGAACAUCUCCAAGAAAAGGCUGGGCCAAACAAAAAUCAGAUGUGCUGGUUCUUGCACACGCUUACUCCCGAGUAAGCCGGCGCAGCCCAUGCUUCCAGUUCAACAAAACCCCUGAACGCUGCACCUUCAACCCUUCGCCACGAGGCGGCGCCGCGGAGCCAAUAGGCCGCCCGCAGGGAGGCGUGGGCGUGGUCCGGCCCAGCGGAGGCCGCCCUCCCUUUGUGACGUAGGGGGUGGGCGGGCCCCGUCCCAUUGUGACGGCUCCGCCAGGGGGGCGUGGCCCCCGCCUCGACCUGCUCACUUUCCCCGCUGGCUGACUGAGCCGCUCAUUCAUUCAUAAAGAAGAGGCGGCGGCGGGAGAGGCUGACAGCGCCGCGCUUGGCUCCCUUUCUCCGGCUUUUCCCUGAACGCUUGGCAGCCGCUUCUUCCAGACGCACCGGCCUUUCUUCCCCAGGUAAGGAGCCGCUUCUGCCCACCUGCCAUUGCUGGAUUCCUGCGGGCUGGAAGGCAGGACAUUAGGGGUGGUGGCCCCCUUUAUUUAGGGGGCUGGGGGGGUCUCGCCCCUCUUCAGCUGGGAGAAGGCGCCCCUUGCCCCCCGUUUGCGCCCCGGGUCGCUUCUUAGAACCCAAGGCUGCGGUGCUUCAGCGGGCAGAGCGCCUGCCCUUGUCUUGUCCAAGGUUCCGAGUUCGAAUCCUGCGCAGCUCAGGUUGGCAUUGUCCGCCGCUGCGGAGGGACGGUGCCGGCGGUCAGCGUGAGAUGGGCAGCGUACAAAACGCUUAGGCCGGAGCCCGGUGGUGGCGGGAUCGAUCCUCGGCAUCUCCCGGUAGGGCUAUUCAACGCUCCGUGCUGCAGAGGUGCUGCCAGUCCGUGUGGGCAGCACUGAGGUAGAUGAGCCACUGGUCUGACUUGCUCGUUUUCCGUUUCUGUGUUGGUCCUCGCGCUCCCCGUUCCCCGGUGUUACUUGUCCAUAGACCUUUGUUCGUGAGCAGCACAUCUGCAACGCUUUUCUGCGCUUGAAACGUUGCUUUUAAAAAAUGUAAUUCAUUGUUUACGACUUUGCUGUGGUGCCCUUGCUGGUCCUUGCUACAGCCGUUCAGCUCCGCCCCAGCUGUCCCCAUCUCGGGAAAUUCAGCGAGGUUUACUUUCAGGUAAAUGGGAUUUUAGGAGGGGCAGCGUGGAUCCGGCCAAGGUUAGUGCAGCGCAGGAUUCUGUCCUGGAGAGGAACCAGCCAGGUGCUUCUAUAAUAAUAAUAAUUAAUAAUAAUUUAUUAUUUAUACCCCGCCCAUCUGGCUGGGCUUCCCCAGCCACUCUGGGCAGCUUCCAAAAAAAUAUUAAAAUACUGUCAUGCAUCAAACAUUAAAAGCUUCCCUAAACAGGACUGGGAUGCUUCUGGGAUGCUUUUGCAAGCGAGGGGGGGUGGGGGGGUGAAGGCAAGGCUCAUCCACCCUCCCCAUUUCUCCUGGACACCAGGGUCCUCUGGAGAUAUACUUCACCUGUACAUGGAGGUUUUGCCUCGUUGUGGUGACUUAAGGAGCCACGGAUGUCCUAUCCGAGACACCAGUCCAUGUUGCCACAUCUUACUCCCCCGAAACUCACCGUUUCCGGGUAGCCUUUGGGCACGGCGACCCCUCUGCCUGGCCGUUGCCAAGUUGGCGCCCUUCUGAUGGUCUGGACCACAAAUCCCAUCAGCCCCCUAGGUUGGUAGAGGCUGGAGUUAACGCAGACUUCAUUGUGAUGAAGAGGAGAAGCCAUGUGUGAAGGAGAUUCGCGGGCACACCUGGACCGCUCAAACAGUUGCACAGAAGGAGCAACUUCAGUGAGGGCGCAGCUGGGCACACGGUGGGUGGAGAGAGCUGCCUAAGGCUCCUUUAAAUAAUAAUAUAAAUAAUAAUAAAAUUUUAUUUAUAUCCCGUCCUCCCCAGCCGAAGCCGGGCUCCGAGCGGCUAACAACAAUAAAAGUAACACAGCGUUCUAAAAUCGAUUCAAUUUAAAAUUUGCUCAAAAUCAAAUUCAUGGGAACCACUGGACUAGAGUUCUGUGAGGAUUACCAAAGGAGGGGGUCAGACUGUGCCUUGGCAAAAGGCCUAACAGCUCUGUCUUGCAGGCCCUUUAACAGCACCUUCUUGGCAGCAGAUCAGUCCAGGAUCCCCCUUCGCUGGGAUCUAGGAUCUGGUGGGGAGCCUAAGCACACAGUCCCCUUUAAAUAGAUUUCCCCCUUUGUAUGACUCAAUGCAUAAAGGCCUCGUAGAGAAUUGCAAUCCCUAUGCCUGCCGCUCCCAAUGAAUUCUGCUUAUUGGUUUUAGUUACACAUUUGCUGCAUUUAUAUCCCAGCUCUUCCUCCAAAGCAGCUCGAGGGGGCAUGCUAGGUUCCCCCGUCCCUUCUCAUUUAAACCCCACAACAACCCUGUGAGGUAGGUUGGGCUGAGAGGCUGGCCCUCAAGGUCACCCUCUGCGAGCUUCAGGGCCGAGUGGGGCUGGAGCCCAUGUCUCCCAGGUCCUGGCGCAGCGCUCUAACCACUACCCCCCACUGCCUCGUCCAUUUGAGUAAGGGGGCUUGGGAUUGUGCAGUCCGUGUGCAUUCCAACAAAAGUAUGCAAGUCACUCCAGAACAGGUAGCAGUUCAGUUCACAUUUAAUGCCAUAAUAAUAAUAAUAAUUUAUUUUUUAUACCCCGCUUCCCCAGCCACUCUGGGCGGCUUCCAACAAAAUAUUAAAAUAUCGUAAUAUAUCAAACAUUAAAAGCUUCCCUAAACAGGGCUGUCUUCAGGUGUCUUCUAAAAGUCUGGUAGUUGUUGUUCUCUUUGACAUCUGGUGGGAGGGCGUUCCACAGGGUGGGCACCACCACCGAAAAGGCCCUCUGCCUGGUUCCCUGUAACUUGGCUUCUCACAGUGAGGGAACCGCCAGAAGGCCCUCGGAGCUGGACCUCAGUGUCUGGGCAGAACGAUGGGGGUGGAGACGCUCCUUCAGGUAUACUGGACCAAGGCCAUUUAGGGCUUUAAAGGUCAGCACCAACACUUUGAAUUUGCCAAGAUAUGGUUUGGUGUUUCAUGGCUGAGUGUAGGACUUGUACUCCCGUCUCUUCCUCCUCCUCGCUCCUGUGUUUCCUCUUAAGCAGCUGCUUUCUGGUUUCUUGCAAACCAUAGUGUGCUGUUGCAUCUGAGCUAGGUACAUACCUUAUAUGUGCUGGCACUGGCGAACAAAACUCUCACCCCUUAUAUACACAGCUGAAGAAGGGUUUGGAUUUGAUAUCCCGCCUUUCACCCUCUUUAAGGAGUCUCAAAGCGGCUAGCAAUCUCCUUUCCCUUCCUCCCCCACAACAAACACUCUGUGAGGUGAGUGAGGCUGAGAGACUUCAGAGAAGUGUGACUGGCCCAAGGUCACCCAGCAGCUGCAUGUGGAGGAGCGGGGAAUCGAACCCGGUUCACCAGAUUACGAGUCCCCUGCUGCUCUUAACCACUACACCACACUAAUCACUGCGCUACAUCUUCAAACAUCUUAAGGGCUGCCGCAUGGAAGAGGGAGCAAGCUUGUUUUCUCCUGCUCCAGUGGGUAAGACUCGAACCCACGGCUUCAAGUGACAAGAGAGGAGAAUCUGACUAAACACCAGAACUUUCUGACAUUAAGAGCUGUUGGAUAGUGGAACAGACUUCCACGAGCAGUUGUGGACUCUCCCUCCCUUCCUUGGAGGUUUUUAAGCAGAGGUUGGAUGGCCAUCUGUCAUGGAUGCCUUAGCUGAGAUUCCUGCACUGCGGCGGGUUGGACUAGAUGACCCGCGGGGUCCCUUCCAAUUCUACAAUUCUAUCCUUCUAGGUCAGGGCUUCCAGCAGAUACCAUUUUAUCAGGAGGUCCAUUCUGCAGUAAUGAAGUAAUCGGGCCUUUAGCAUUGUGGCAACUACCCUUCGGAACUCCCCUCCCCAUGAAUAUUAAACAGGGACCAUCCCUUUUUGGCCCCAGCUGAAAACCACCUUCUUUCAGCAAGCCUUUUAAAGCAGGGCUCUUCCCCAGUCUGCAUCCAUACUGGUUGUGUUUUAAAGAUGCUUGAUCGCAUGUUGUUUGCCACCUUGAGCUCCUGUACGGAGAAUGGCAAGAUAUCGGUGUCAUAAAAACAAAAACUUCCAAGCCAGUGAAAUCCUAUUUGGCUUUGACUUGUAAAACUAGGCAAGGUUUAGGAUCCUGGUUUGGAGAGUGUGCAAAAAACCCCCCAUAGUUUAUUGGGUUGCUGUAAAAGAAAGAAAAAAGUGAAGAAAAAAAAGAGUAUAUGAGUCUACAUAUUCUCCCCUCCUACUUUAUUGAAGUAAACUGAAUAAAUCAAUACAACAGAAACAAUAGAAAUACAAAAAAAACCCCAGCAUGGUACAUAUUUAAGUAGAGUUAGAUUACUUACAGCCAUCAGGAGUCCACAUCUCAUUCCUGUAGCACCAGUCCAUGGUUUAAAAUGGUGACAAAUGCUCCCUUUUUAGACAGUCAGACAUUCACUUUGAUUCCUGUCUAUGAUUUAUUGUACCUUCUCUUCUAAUCAACCAAUUAUGCAAAUAGCUUUAGCUCUUGCCCAAGGUCUCAAGGCUGGUUACUCAGCCAUGAAGCAGACUGGGCAGACUCGACCAGUUUCAUUCUUUUAGCCCAGGCAUGGGCAAACUUGGCCCUCUAGAUGUUUUUGAGACUACAGUUCCCAUCAUCCCUGACCACCGGUCCUGUUAGCUAGGGAUGAUGGGAGUUGUAGUCCCAAAACAUCUGGCGGGCCAAGUUCGCCUAUGCCUGUUUCAGCCUAACCUGCCUCACAAGGUUGUUGCGAAGGCAAAUUGUAGGCCUCGAUUUCUUUAGGAGGAAACUUUAAGCUUAAUACAGAUAAAAAUUCACAGCUGCUGUUUCGGAUAAUUUUUAUGUGAUCCCAAUUCACCGAACGGGGGUCUAAACCUAGAAUUUCCUUCUGUCUGAGAAGCCAAUGGGCUGUACAAGACGUCCCUUUUGGAAAUUAAAAGUGUCUUUAUACGAUUUGGCCGAAGCCUUAGGAAGCUUAUUAAUAGCUGCCUGUAGCGACUGCGCACAAAUUUGGAACAAGGGGCUGAGUAUGUGCAGAAUAAUGAGAUUAUCUAUGUAUAUACUCACGCCCUAAUGUUAAAUAUGGCUGGCAUUAUUUUUAGGCGCAUCAAUGAAAAAUGCCCGCCGUGAGACUUAAUGCCGCUUCAUGUUACACAGCUAAGAUACUGUCUUGGUGCUUUGCUCUCAAACAGGCGUGUUCCCGGCAGACGGUCUUUGCCAGAGGCCAAGCUUCCAUUUGUGGGGUUGUGUCUGAAUGCCCCUAAGUCAGAAUAUCCCCUAAAUAUUCGGGUGCCACGACGGCACUGAGCCUUGGGUGGCUGGGGCAUGCAGCCUGGCGCAGAGAGCUCUGCGAAGGAUAGCUCCGUUGGUUAGAGCGCUGUGCUGAUAACGCCAAGGUUUCAGGUUCAAGCCCCAUGGCUGGGGGUUGGACUAGAUGAUCCUUGCAGGUCCCCUUCCAACGCUACAAUUCUAUGCCUAUCAUGAAACGCCCUGAAACCUUUUCCACUGGCAUGGGAUGAAUGAAUCACAUUAGACUACUGUGAUUUUCCUCUCUGUUUGGUGAUAAACAGGGAAUAAUUGCGUCUAGAAACUGAUGAGUAGUUUUAAGAUUAUACCCAAACAAUUGAGGCAGUGGUGAUGAGGAGACAGUUUUCAUCGCCUGCUUCCUUGGGGUUAAAUUUGAUUUGAUUCAUUCUUUUUAUUUUAAUUUUAUUUCAUUUAUUUUUUGCACUUCUCCCCCAAGGAGAAAAAGCUGGCCCCCAUGUUACUUUUAUUGUUGUUAGCCGCUCUGAGCCUGGCUUCGGCUGGGGAGGGCGGGAUAUAAAUUAAAAAUUAUUAUUAUUAUUAUUAUUAUCAUCUCCACAACAACCCUGGAAAAUAGGCCAGGCUAAGAGGCAGUGACUGGUCCAAGGUCCCUCAGUGAGCUUCAUGGUGAAGUGGCGAUUUGAACCCUGGUCUCCAAGGUCCUAGUCCAAUACUCUAACCACUACACCAUACUGCCUCUCUUAAAUGAUGAGUGGUUUUUAUUUUUUCGGCCCAGUAGGCCACAAUUAUACUCCCCCAUCACAGUGAGCCGACUCUGACACGUCGUGGCGCCUGUCCAAGUUCCCUGCCAGGAUGGGAGAGGAGAUCCAGCACAAAGCGGGUUCGCCAGUUUGAUCCUGCCUUCUGCAAGUUUCAGGUGCAUCGGAUUUUGGAUGGGGUUCUUUUUUUUGUGUGCAUUGCAGGAUGAGACCUUUCAGUUAAUAAGGCCCUUCUGUCCUCCGAGGUAUUUCACAUUUGGUAUUGCAUGCUUUAAAAAAACAAAAAAUCCUAUUUGCGUUUGAGUAAGCAGCAAAUAGAAUGGAUUAUAUGGAGGGGAAAUGAGUGUGAUUUCAGAAAGAAAAUGGCUUUCUAUCAAAUGGGGAGAUCCAGUUUUGCCUAUGGGCUAGCUAGAAGAUGUCCCGUCCCCCAAUUAAAAGCGACGUGUGGCCAUCUUGGCUGUAAGUUUCCAUACGGUCUGUUCGAUUGGCACGAAGCCAUGGAAACGGGACCCUGAGAGCGAGCGACAGACAAUUACGCUCCAACCAGGUUUGUUCUGUCUCCCUAGCAGUGUGUACAUAAACGCAGUCGCUGUGCAUAAAAUCUUGCAGCUGUGUGUGAACGGAGACUUAUUGGAGGGGAGACGAAAAGUCACGUUGCACCUGAUUCCAGGUGAACAUGAACACCCUCUUUCUUUUUGUCCUGGAUUUUUUUUUAAGGUAUUUGAUUUACUGUUCCAGCUUGUUUUUGCUACAGUCUCAAAACACCGCAAGGCAAAGAGGCAGUCGAGUUUUUUGCAGGAGAGGUUUUUAAAAUCUGGAUGUUCUUAGCAACUUUUGGGGGCCUUUAUUCAGUAUCAUAGAUCCCAGUCGGUUUUUAAAUAGGGGGGAGAUGAAAUCACGCAUGGUGGGGUCACUAACAUUUCACACUCGCAUAAAAAGCAAUUUUGACCAUUUCUGGCGGAGGGGGACAAAUGAGCGGUUGGGGACGGAGCUGUCCACAGUUCAGCUGCCUUCUCAAACGCCUAUUCAGAGCGAGGGGCUUUGCUGCCCUCACUCUGAGCUGGCUCAGUGACUUCAUGUAACCAAAUCUGCAGCUUGGAGAUGUCAGAUUUAGGAUGUGUUUGCUGAUUACGGUGAUCACUUGGGGAAGGAGGGCAGCUGGGGAGAUUCAGGUUGCCAUGGUAGCAGCGGAGGGGCACCAAGUAGGCUUCUCUGUUUAAAAAUGUGAGCACUCUGGCUACUGCUGUUCCCAAGAAUUUUGCAGGCGGAUACUUAGUUUGUCUUAGUUUUCAGCUGGGCGUGGUUUGCAUUGCACAAUUAUUGUUGUUGUUGUUGUUUAGUCGUGUCUGACUCUUUGUGACCCCCUGGACCAGAGUACGCCAGGCACUCCUGUCUUCCACUGCCUCCCGCAGUUUGGUCAAACUCAUGCUGGUAGCUUUGAGAACGCUGUCCCACCAUCUUGUCCUCUGUUGUCCCCUUCUCCUUGUGCCCUCCAUCUUUCCCAACAUCAGGGUCUUUUCCAGGGAGUCUUCUCUUCUCAUGAGGUGGCCAAAGUCUUGGAGCCUCAGCUUCAGGAUCUGUCCUUCCAGUGAGCACUCAGGGCUGAUUUCCUUCAGAAUGGAGCGGUUUGAUCUUCUUGCAGUCCAUGGGACUCUCAAGAGUCUCCUCCAGCACCAUAAUUCAAAAGCAUCCAUUCUUCGGCGAUCAGCCUUCUUUAUGGUCCAGCACUCACUUCCAUACAUCACUACUGGGAAAACCAUGGCUUUAACUAGACAGAUCUUUGUUGGCAAGGUGAUGUCUCUGCUUUUUAAGAUGCUGUCUAGGUUUGUCAUUGCUUUUCUCCCAAAAAGCAGGCGUCUUUUAAUUUUGUGACUGCUGUCACCAUCUGCAGUGAUCAUGGAGCCCAAGAAAGUCAAAUCUCUCACUGCCUCCAAUUGCACAAUUAUAUCAGGUCUAUUGCGUGGCCUGGAAGAUGACCUUACAGCUCUACAAUUCUGGCAGUCUGGGGUAACACUGUUCAGUUUGCUCUUCCUUCACUCUUGCAGUCUGGAGUGUGUCAGUUGAGCCAGUCCUGUGUGUGUGUGUGUGUGUGUGUGUGUGUGUGUGUGUGUUUGCAUGUUUGCUUGCUUGCUUGCCAAAAGGGAUGUUGGUGGGGGAAGCUUCUGUGAAGUGGUUUUGGAAGGAAUGCUCAGCCCUGCAAGAUCGUAAAUUACAGGCUGUGCAGAAGUCUCUCUAUCCGGAAUCCUGUUGCUGAAAUCCUUGGAGAAAAACUGUGGUCCGCUCCUCUUAACAAUACAGAUCGUGCACUGAAGCCAUGUAAACUCUGCUCGUGUGUGUGUGUGUGCGCGCGCGCGCGCUUAAAACCACACAGACUUUGCAAACCAUGCAAUGUGGGCAGCAGGCCUCCUUAAUGCAGAUUCAUAGAACCAUAGAGCUGGAAGGGGCCUUGAGGGUCAUCUAGUCCAACCCCCCUGAAAUGCAGGAAUCCGCACCUCUCCCAUACAGAGUUCAAACCUGCAACCAUGGCCGUUUUAUCAGUGCCAUGCUGUAGCCCAGUGUUUCUCAACCUGUGGGUCCCCAGAUGUUUUUGGCCUACAACUCCCAUCAUCCCUGAGCUCUGGCCUUGCUAGCUAGGGGUGAUGGGAGUUGUAGUUCAACAACAUCUGGGGACCCACAGGUUGAGAAAGUCCAUGUGUUCUAGUCCAUGGGUAGGCAAACUAAGACCCGGGGGCCGGAUCCGGCCCAAUCGCCUUCUAAAUCCGGCCCGUGGAUGGUCCGGGAAUCAGCAUGUCGGUAGAAUGUGUCCUUUUAUUUAAAAUGCAUCUCUGGGUUAUUUGUGGGGCAUAGGAAUUCUUUUUUCCAAAAUAUAGUCCCGCCCCCCACAAGGUCUGAGGGACAGUGGACCGGCCCCCUGCUGAAAAAGUCUGCUGACCCCUGCUCUAGCCAGCUGAGCUAUCUGCUUGGAUUCGUAAGAACAUAAGAAGACCAAUGGCCCAUCUCCAGCCUCCUGUUCUCAUAGUGGCCAACCAGAUGACUGGGAAACUCACAAGCCACAUCUCUCGCCUCCUGUGGUUUCCAGGAACUGGAAGCUCGAAGCGUUGCUGCCUCAACUGCAGAAGCAGAGCAGACCUGUUGUGGGUGGUAGCCCUCAGUAGCCCUCUCCUCCACGAAUUCCUCUUUGAAAGCCAUCUUAGCUUGGAGGCUGUUGCUGCCUUCAAGUGGCAGGGAGUUCCGCAGUUUGCACCACGUGAAGAAGGGCCUCCUUUGAUCUUUCGCUGGAAGCUUACCCAAAGGGGCUGAUGGGGGACCCAAAACAUCUGGAGAAUUCCAGAUUGGCAAAAGUUGCCCUUGAGGGGUUUCCUUAAUGCUGGAGGAAGUCUGCACCCUGCUUGGGAAACAGGAAGCAGUUUCUUCAAGGCAGCCAACACCCUCUCCUUGAAGGAGCAGCUAGCACCUUGUUCUUCCUCCCUGACUUUCCUCCUCAUUUAAAUCUCUCCUCUGCAUUUCCUCCACAUCGCAUGCCUGGAACUGAGGCCUUAUUAAGCCUUUGCACUGUGUUAAGAGUAGAGGGGCGGGGAGCCAGGACAGGUUUCCUGCUGAAAUAUUUGCUCCGGGCAAUGUGACGAGCUAGUGCAUUAAAAACCCUUCCAGCUUCCCGGUGCGAAGCGCAUUAUCAAACGGGUGUUGCUGAGUGGUGAGAGGUCCUCUAGCCCAACCCGCUUUACAAUUUACACCAACAACAGUGUCGCACAAUGGUUAGAGUGUCUGACUAGGACCUGGGAGGGCAGGGUUUGAAUCCUCAGCCAGUCACGAAGCUGAUGAUGAUGAUGAUAACAAUAAUAAUAAUAAUAAUAAUAAUAAUAAUUUAUUAUUUAUACCCUGCCCAUCUGGCUGGGUUUCCCCAGCCACUCUGGGCGGCUUCCAACAGAACACUAAAAUACAAUAACCUGUUAAACAUUAAAAGCUUCCCUAAACAGGGCUGCCUUCCGAUGUCUUCUAAAAGUCUGGUGGUAGUUUUUCUCUUUGACAUCUGGUGGGAGGGCGUGCCACAAGGCGGGCGCCACCACCGAGAAGGCCCUCUGCCUGGUUCCCUGUAACUUGGCUUCUCGCAGGGAGGGAACCACCAGAAGGCCCUUGGAGCUGGACCUCGGCGUCGGGCCAGUUGCCAUCUCUUAGCCCAGCCUACCAUAGCUGUCAACCUUUCCCUUUUCUUGCGAGGAAUCCUAUUUGGAAUAAGGGAAUUUCCCUUUAAGAAAGGGAAACUUUGACAGCUAUGGAGCCUACCUCACAGGCUUGUUGUGAGGAUGGAAUGGGGAGGAGGAGAACCAUGUGCAGUACCUUGAGAUCCUGGGAAGGAAAGAUUUGCAUGGGGUGGGGACAACCCCCUACAUGAUGAGCAUGUGGGUUCAUGCUGUGCAUACAUUUCUGGAAAAAAAGGCUUACUCUUAUAAGACAGGAUUUGGGAACUGAGGGCCCUCCUACAGGUGAUGCUUGACUACAACUCCCAUUGUUCUACGUGGGGCUGCCCUAGAGACUGACCCAGAAACUCCAGCGGGUGCAGAAUGCUGCAGCGAGACUCCUUACGGGGUCCUUGCUACGGGAUCACAUUCACCCGGUCCUAGACCAGCUGCACUGGCUCCCGGUGGGGUACAGGAUCAGGUUUAAGGUGCUGGUUUUAACCUUCAAAGCCCUAUACGGCCUAGGACCCUCGUACCUACGGGACUGCCUCUCCUCGUAUGUCCCACAGAGGAAUUUACGGUCUUCAAACAAAAACAUAUUGAAGGUCCCAGGCCACAGAGAGGUUAGGCUGGCCUCAACCAGAUCCAGGGCCUUUUCGGCGGUGGCCCCGAUCUGGUGGAACGCUCUGUCACAAGAGACUAGGGCCCUGCGGGACUUGACAUCUUUCCGCAGGGCCUGCAAGACAGAGCUGUUCCACCAGGCCUUUGGUCAGGGCAGUCUGACUCCCUCCUUUGGCAAUCUUCACAGAACUCUAGCCCAAUUGUUGCCAUCAAUUUAAUUUGAAUUAAUUUUAGAAUGAAAUGAUUUUAGAAUGUUGUAUUAUUUUAUUGUUGUUAGCUGCCCUGAGCCCGGCUUUGGCUGGGGAGGGCGGGAUAUAAAUAAAAUUUAUUAUUAUUAUUAUGAUUGUCCUUGGCCAUUGUCCUUAAAUCCUGCAUUUCAGCCAAACACACAGGUGUCCACGCCGCAGGCGGAGUUCUGCCCCUUCUGGGGUCAAUCGGGCAGCCUCAGAACCCCUUUCUUCUCAGAACCUCUUUCAUCUGUUUUACAUAACUUUUAUUAAAGAUAUUCUUAAUUUCCAAAGUAUUUGCAUUCUCCCCUGCUUCAAGGAUACCUAGCAAUCAGUUGACUUGUGACGCAUGACACUAUGCACCUCCACCUGCCAGAUGGGUGCCGGGUUUGGGGGAGCACGACGGUGGAAGUGUUGGACCAACGGGGGGAAGGAGGGGAGCAUGGACAUGCGAGGCAUCUUCCCAAGGGCGUUCCAUGAAGUCCACGUCCAUGAAAUUGGCCGUAGACCCCAAAUCUAUCAUCUUCUUUCGCCAUCGCUCCUAGCCGAGUAAGAUUGUCUUCCAGGAACAGGAUCCUAAUGGUGAGUCCGUGAGUGACUGGGGAGGCCAAUUCUGGAUCCACACAUCCUUCCUUCAGAUGCCUUCUAAAAGUCAGAGAGUUGUUUAUUUCCUUGACAUUUGAUGGGAGGGCGUUCCACAGGGCGGGCGCCACCACCGAGAAGGCCCUCUACCUGGUUCCCUGCAACCUGGCUUCUCGCAGGGAGGGAACCGCCAGAAGGGCCUCGGAGCUGGACCUCAGUGUCUGGGCUCAACGAUGGGGGUGGACACGCUCCUUCAGGUAUACUGGGCUGUAGCUGUCUUGAGCAUGGAUAGGCAAACUAAGGCCCGGGGGCCGGAUGCGGCCCAAUCGCCUUCUAAAUCCGGCCUGCGGACGGUCCGGGAACGAGCAUGUUUUUACAUGAGCAGAAUGUGUCCUUUCAUGUAAAUAAAAUGCAUCUCUGGGUUAUUUGUGGGGCAUAGGAAUGCGUUCAUUUGCCCCCCAAAAAAAUAUAAUCUGGCCCCCCACAAGGUCUGAGGGUCAGUGGACCGGCCCCCUGCUGAAAAAGUUUGCUGAUCCCUAGUCUUGAGGCUUCUGAACGCCUCUCUCUCCCUCUGGCAAAAGCCCUGAGCAACAAAGCCAGGCUUGCUAAGCCAGCUGUUCUGAUUUCAACAGCCUUCUCCCCCUCAACCCCCCCAUCUCCAGAUGUUUAGAGUACAGCAAGAUGAUCGGUGCCUUUCAAAACUCCAGGAUUUGCAGGAAAGACUUUUCUGCAAAACCAGAGUAGCUUUGGAGAAGAGAAGCCAGGAGAAAGCAAAUCCGAACUGCCUGCAACCAGACCUUUCAAGGAGAAAUCCGUAGGCAGGAUUAAGGCAGUGAGUGCCAGCGGCGUUGCUAUCAAAACAGUGUAAAGGGCUCAGAGGUAGCAGCGCAGCUACUGCAAUGCAGAUAAACCAAGUGGUGAGGUCUUUAGAGCUAAGGGGAGCAUUUUCUGCAGGAAUCUCAAGUUUUUCUGGGCUGCUUGGGUUGCAGAGCAGACGAAACGGGAGGCUCUGUGGUGCAGCGAACCAUGUUCUGGGCCGUGCGCUGAAUGUGGCAUGGAUUUUAGACAGGCUAUAUACCAGAGAAUGCUUUCAGUCAUCUUGCACCUGCAGAAAGUUUUGGGGCGGGUGCACUGCCUCGUUUCCGGUUGUUGCACAUCUUGUAACUUCCUGCCCAAAUCCUGCAACUUUUCAUAACACCAAAUGUUGGAGGGUGUCUCACUUUCGUUGCCCCUCUCUGGUAACAUUGCAGAAGUAUCACAGAACAACUAACGGAGCAAAAUAAUGUGUAGAUGGUCCGGUAUACAGUGGUACCUCGGGUUAAGUACUUAAUUCGUUCCGGAGGUCUGUACUUAACCUGAAACUGUUCUUAACCUGAAGCACCACUUUAGCUAAUGGGGCCUCCUGCUGCCGCUGCGCCGCCGGAGCACGAUUUCUGUUCUCAUCCUGAAGCAAAGUUCUUAACCUGAAGCACUAUUUCUGGGUUAGCGGAGUGUGUAACCUGAAGCAUAUGUAACCUGAAGCGGAUGUAACCCGCGGUACCACUGUAAAACACUCAACUCCUGGCAAAUGGGGCGUGAACUUAAGACCUCUCCUGUUGCUGUUCUCCGGAAACUGGUCUUUAGAGGCUCAACUGCCUCUGCUCAAGGAGGAAAAAAGGUAAAGGGACCCCUGACCAUUAGGUCCAGUCGUGGCCGACUCUGGGGUUGUGAUGCUCAUCUCGCUUUAUUGGCCGAGGGAGCCGGCGUACAGCUUCCGGGUCAUGUGGCCAGCAUGACUAAGCCGCUUCUGGCAAACCAGAGCAGCGCACGGAAACGCCAUUUACCUUCCCGCCGGAGAGGUACCUAUUUAUCUACUUGCACUUUGUGCUUUCGAACUGCUAGGUGGGCAGGAGCAGGGACCGAGCAACAGGAGCUCACCCCAUCGCAGGGAUUCGAACCGCCGACCUUCUGAUUUGCAAGUCCUAGGCUCUGUGGUUUAAGCCACAGCGCCACCUGCAUCCUGCUCAAGGAGGUAGCAGGAGGUAAUGUGGACUAGUAACCCUGCUUUGAAUUUGUCUACUUUCCUUUUCAAGCCUCUAAGUUAAUAGUGGUAACUAUGCCUUGUGGCAGGGAGUGGCAUGUAUUGAUUGUAUGAACCAGUCGCUUUGGCUAUGUUUGGUUGCACUUAAGUAAGCCUGCAAUUAUAUUUCACAGUCUACCCGACGGCACAGAAUCUCCUGUCUCUUGUAUACCUGUCUUGAGGGAGAGAUAAUUGUUUGUUUUAAUUCCCUUGCUUCUUUUUUUUUUAAAAAAAGCCUUUCAUUAUUUCACUGCAUGGUUUUGUGGUUUUGUUGUCAAUAUAUAUUUUUAUGAUACAGCCAUGUAUAGGUUUUUUAAAUAAAUAAACUGCAUGAUAUAAAUGCUUAGUUAUGAACUUGGCCUUCUGUUUAUGUUUUGAGUUGAAAAUACUUUCCAUUUUAUUGGGUGCCUCUAAUGCAGGCAUCCCCAACCUGCAGCCCUCCAGAUCUUUUGUCCUACAACUCCCAUGAUUCUUAGCUAACCGUGGUCAGGGAUGAUGGGAAUUGUAGUCCAAAACAUCUGGAGGGCCAAAGGUUGGGGAUGCUUGCUCUAAUGUAUGCUGAGAACAGUUCUAUCUGAUACUUCCAAAACUUUAAACACAAAGAGUGUUAUUUAUGGUAGCAUGGGGGAAAAUAAACCAUGCAUAGCUUCAUAAAUCUCUUAUCGCAUCCCUCCUUUAGCCAUCGUGGCUGAGCUAGCAUUUGAACCCAGUUCUCAACUACAUUGAUAUAGGACUCUGAUCUUUCUGGCCAGCAAAAGGAAUUGAUGAAUUAAAAAGAUAGAUAUAUCCUUAUUAUUAUUUAUUAUAUUUAUAGCCCUCCGUUCCUUUAAGGAGGUCAAAAUGGCCCUUUCCAUCUUACCUUUAAACAGCUGUUAGGCUGAGAGGUUGGUGCAAGGACACCCAAUGAGCUUUGCGGCUGAGUGGGGAUGUGAACAUGCGUCUCAGUCCAACGCUCCAACCACUAGACCACACUCCUCCUCUGCACUUAAAUCCAUAUCUGUUCUUGUUGUCUUCGCCUCAAAGAAAUGUGAACUUUACAGGUGCUUUCCCUACCCUUUCCUUGCCCUCUGCAAGUCUAAACUCUUCCAAUUAUAUGGUGCUAUACAUCCGCCUCAGACGUGGAAAUUGCAAUAGGUCCAAAUUAUGGGAUGUUGUGCAUGUAUUUGUCUGUUUCUUUCUGUGUCGGCACCUGCAAUUUUUUUGUUUGUCUGGGAGGAGCAAGUGUCUCGUUUCCUCUGGAGCAAAAACAUCCUCUAAUUAGCAGAUGCAGUAGGCUGAGAGAUCCCCUCUGCCUGGUGAUCUACUGCUGCCUCUUUGCGUAAAUCCAUCUGAUCCAGAGACGGCCUUGACACAGCAUCCUCGCCACGUGGCCCGAGGAGAUCCACCCCGCAAAGUCUUCCAGCAGAGCCCGUGGCGCAAAGCGGGGUUCUUCGCUCCCAGCAUGGCCCACUGGGAAGACUGGGGGCAGCCCCAGUUUCCAUGGGAAUCUGUUUCCCUUAUCCCUUAUUAUCUUCCCUUCCCGGGCAGAAUGCCAGGAGAACACCUAACAUUAGGCUGCUUUUUUGGAAAUGCUGUCAUGUCACGGAUGAGAGAGACGGGCUUCCAGACAUACUAUUGGGGGGUGGAAAGCGAGAGACAGAAAUCCUGUAAUUACUUACUUAAGGGUUGGCGUGAAUCUUUCCCAGACACCUUGCCCCAUCCGGAAAUUGCUGGAUUAUAUUCGGAACGGAGCGCAAAACCAAUGCAGGGAAACUCGUGUGUGUCUGUGCAAAUUUUGCAUAUCCAAAUUGGGACAUGGUCGAUUGGUGGUCUGUGUUGCAUUCAUCAGGUCUUUUUAAAAAUCCCUCUGUGAUCUUGGACACUGGAUGGUAGUCUGAUUUCUAACUUGAAACAGAAGGAAGCAGUGAGGGGUUGGUAUCGACAAGGCUUUUUUUCAGCUGGAACUCGCCAGAACUCAGUUCCGGCACCUCUCAGGUAGGCAAGGAAGGCGUUACAGGUGAUUUCUGGCACCUCUUUUCCUAGGAAAAUAGCACUGGACAUCGGUGUGUGUUGCUGGUGACUCUGAAUUUUGUGUGUCUUUGUGUGAUUUUUAAUACAUGUACACUAUCAGGUGCCUUGAGAGACUGAGAAUCGUUUUGUAUUUCAGAAGUACCUAUUUUAAUAAAGUAUUUUAAGAAAUAAAAUAAUAUGGUCUAGAUGCGGAACGAAGGCAGAUAAAAAGGAAGCCAAGGAGAUGGAAGAUUGUGUCGUCGUGAUAGCAGGCUCCGGAAAGUUUUUUGAUAUCGGCUGCAGGUUCUCUCGCAGGUCUGACUGACUGAGGACAAAGUUUCAAGAGCUGCCAGCAACAAUAGCUAAUUUGUUCUCCGCUGGCAGAGAAGAUAUGCCUCUGAAUGCUCAGGUAGUAGGAAUUGCAGGUGGGCAGAGUCUAAAGUAGCCUAAAGUAUUCCUAAUAAUAAAAAGUAAUAUAAUCUGAUGGCCUACUGAGACAAGGUGCUUUUAAAGUGUUGGAAAUGGGAGCUGCCUGCCUUCUCUUUGCAGGCUCAUGUUGUUUUUCUAUUGCACUACAACUUUUUUUUUUUUAAAUUUAUUAGGAAUUUAAACAAAACAUACUAUCUUAAAACAUAUCAUCCUUAAUUCCCCCCCAUUUCCCCCCUCACCCCAAUAAAACAACCUUCCUCCCAUCCCCCCCUGACUUCCCUCAGUUCCAAUCUCUGUUUUCUCUAUAGAUGCUAUUCUCUGCAUGUUACAAAAUUGUAUAAAUCCUUAAGAUGUCUGACUGGUUAUUAUCAGUAAAAAGUUGGUGAGUGUUUAUUCAAAGCCUGCCAAGGAGUCCAGUUCACUUUGUUGCUUCUUUAAAUACUUUGUAAAAGGUUCCCAUUCAUCUUUAAAGUCACAGUUAUCCUUGUCCCGUAAUUUGUGUGUCAAUUUUGCCAGUUCUGCAUAGUCCAUCAGUUUCUCUUGCCGUAGUUCUUUAGUCGGGGUUUCCUCAUUCUUCCAUCCUUGUGCUAUUAAGACCAUAGCUGUCAAGUGUCCCUUAUUUGUAGGAACAGUCCCUUAUUCCUGCGCCAAGUCCCGAUGCUGUCCCUUAUUGAUGGAUGUCCCUUAAAUGUCCCUUAAAUGAUGCUCCUUAAAUUUCAAAGGAAGCAGCUCCUCUCCCUCCCUCCCUCCCUGCCAGCCAGGGAGGAGGGAGGCUCCAACUGUGUUGCUUGGCUGUGUUACUCACCCAAUAAGAAGUCUAAGAACGACUGGGGGGUGGAGCUUGCAUGCCUUGUGUGUGGCUAGUUAAGGCAAGCUGAGGGUGUUUUUGAAUGCUGGACGCCAUUUUGUUGCACGUGCUGCUGCAAACUUCGCAGUGCAAAGCCAGGCCGGGGAGCCAUCUUAAGUUGAGGCUGCAUAGGCCUUGUGGUGCAUGUGAUUCAGAUUCUAUUCAGUUGAACCUCUGGUUACAAAGUUGGUUGGACAGUGUUCUCGGAGCUACCAGCAUGAGUUUGACCAGACUGCAGGAGGACAGGAAGACUGGAGUGCCUGGAACAGGUGAGGCUGCUGGUCCCUUAUUUUCAAGGCUGCUGGUCCCUUAUUUUCAAAUCUGUAAGUUGACAGCUAUGAUUAAGACUCUCGCCGCCGUUGUCGCAAACAUGAAGAUAUUUUUCAACAUCCUUGGCAGGUCUUUCCCUACAAUCCCUAACAGAAAUGCUUCAGGUUUCUUAGCAAAUGUUAGAUGGAACAUUUUCUUCAAUUCAUUGUAUAUCAUUUCCCAAAAUUUUUUAAAUUUCAUUACAAUCCCACCACAUAUGGUAAAAUGUCCCCUCCUUUUCCUUACACUUCCAACACAUAUUUGAGCUAGUUUUAUACAUUUUCCCAAGCUGCACUGGUGUCAUAUACCGUCUAUACAUCAUCUUCAUAUAAUUUUCUUUCAACAAAGAACAGUCUGUAAAUUUUAAAUCAAUUUUCCAUAACCUUUCCCAAUCUUCCAUCAUGAUAUUAUGACCUAUAUCUUGUGCCCAUUUGAUCAUGACUGAUUUUACCUCUUCAUCUUUCGUCUCCCAUUCUAACAGUGUGCUGUAUGCAGCCACAACUUUUAAGUUCCUUCUCCAGCUGCUUUGCAAGAGGUUUGAAAUCCUUCUCUGGGUGAAGACUAGGUGGCAUCUUUGACUCACACUGUGAUUCACCCUGCAUUGCAGUUUUCUUUGCACAAGCAAAUGCGUAUCAGCAAGCUGAUCCACCAUCAGUCUCUCUUCUCCCCUCCCCCCCCGUGCUUUAUGAGCAAAAAAGAAAACGUAAAACCUUUAGUUUUCCAGCAUAGGAAUCACUCCCUCCUCAAAUCUCUGUAACUGCAGUAGCAUCCUUUCAUUUUUCACCAGAGCAGCUGAGGAAAGCAGGAGCCAAAAAGGUUCUGCAACAGAAAUUGGAUCGCUUUUGUUAAUCGCGGUAUCGUAUGAUCUUAUUAAAACAAAAACUGCAAGCAUUCUUUGAAGACGCUGGGGAUUGGGGGUUGGGAAGCAUGUUUGCGAUAAGAGCGCCAAAACUGGUUUCUGUUGCUGUUGUUUACUGGAUUGGGAUUGAACCUGUUAGAUAGUGGGUGGGCAUAGCAGACCACACAGCGAUUUCUCCAAAACAGCUCUUUAUUUGUAAGCUGGAACAGAACUGAACUGAAGGGUUCAGCCAGCCUGCUUAUAUAGAGCUCCACUACAACGCAACUGUAACCACUUUCUGUAACUAUCCAAUCACUGAACGGCACUUUCAACCCCUUAUUUGCAUAUGUGGACCUGAGUGAAAACUAUCUACAGUAUCCCCCUGCUGGCCCAGGGUGAGAACUUCAGUACAUCACAGAACCAAUCCACGUCUGAGAACCUUCUGCUGUUGUUGACCCUCACUGCCUACUGUGGAAGGGAGUUCCACAGUUUACGCACUGUGUGAUAAAAGACCUUCCUUUUAUCUGCCCUGAACCUUCCAACAUUCAGCUUUCUCGGGUGGUCACAAGUCAGGAGUGACAGAGAAAACUUUUCUCCAUCCGUUUUUGAAAUACCAUGCACAAUUGGGGACAUUUCUAUGCUUAUUCUCCAAACUAAAAUGUCCCAGGCGCUGCAAGCUGUCUUUACAGGGGAUUUGCUGCGCCUGCUUGAUCAUUUUGGUUGCCCUCUCCUGAACCUGCAUCUCCCUCCCCAGAUCUCUAAACAGGAACUGGAGCAAACCAUCCCUCCAUAGGGAGACAUGGGUGGCGCUGUGGUCUAAACCACAGAGCCUAGGACUUGCCAAUCAGAAGGUUGGCGGUUCGAAUCCCCGUGACGGGGUGAGCUCCCAUUGCUCGGUCCCUGCUCCUGCCAACCUAGCAGUUUGAAAGCACGUCAAAGUGCAAGUAGAUAAAUAGGUACCACUCUGGCAGGAAAGUAAACGGCGUUUCUGUACGCUGCUCUGGUUCGCAAGAAGCAGCUUAGUCAUGCUGGCCACAUGACCCAGAAGCUGUACGCCGGCUCCCUUGGCCAGUAAAGUGAGAUGAGCACCGCAACCCCAGAGUUGGCCUCGACUGGACCUAAUGGUCAGGGGGUCCCUUUACCUUGCUAUCCCUCCAUAGAGAGAGGCACAUAUGAUCAUCCCUGUCUAUACGGUCCUUUAGUCUGGUCCAGCCGGACUCUUGUGUUCUUUUCCCCUCUGAACGCCUCCCACACAGCUGCACCAAUGUUUAGAGACCCUUGAUAAUUAGCUCCCACGGGUGCAAUGUUUGAAUCCACAGGUGGUGCAGAGGAGGAAAGCUUUAAGCAGACGAUCUAUAACGGGAAGUCCAGAUAGGAGCUCCUAAUUGCCAGUCUCUGCUCCAUCCUUCAGCCUUUCUGUCCCCCCCCCCUUGCAUAAAAUGUGGGGCCUGACCUACUUCAAUGCUCUUCCAGCCGACGAUGCUGGGGCUCACGUCUUCGCCACCCAGACCCACUCGGUUGGCCGUGGCUGCCUCUCUGUUGUCGCAACAAAGAUAUUUCAGAGGAGAGGAACUCAGGGCUCCCUUCCUGCAAACAAAAGAAAUCUGUGUCAGUGAAAACAAUAAAUAGCGCGUGAGAGAGAGAGAAAGACAGAGCUCUUUGGCAAGGAGCCACACUGAUGCCACGAGAUGUUGUGGCGGCCCAAGUAAAUUUCCAUCCCAUCUCUCUCUCUCUCUCUCUGCAGCUGCCACCCAGUAAACUUUGCUUCAGCGGGAACUUGAGUUUUGUCUGGAAGCUGCAGAGGCUGCAAAAAAAUGCCGCAGGUGGACUGCUAAAGUGGGACACCACACCACACCACACCCCCUCCCUCAUGCCAGUGGCAGGAUUGUGGUCCAAACCAUCAGAAGGUGGACUCUCCUUCCUUGGCGGUUUUGAAGCAGAGGUCAGGUGAGCAUCUCUCUCAGGAAUUCUUUAACUGGGAUUCCUGAAUUGGAAGGGGUUGGAUUAGAUGGGCUCAUGUCAAACUCUACAGUCCUAUGAGUCUACUGUUGCUGUGUUGCCCGUUGUACAUUUGGAACAUCUGAACGUAUUUUGGGUUUUGUUGUUGUUGUUUAGUCAUGUCCGACUCUUUGUGACCCCCUGGACCAGAGCACGCCAGGCACUCCUGUCUUCCACUGCCUCCCGCAGUUUGGUCAAACUCAUGCUGGUAGCUUCGAGAACACUGUCCAGCCAUCUCGUCCUCUGUCGUCCCCUUCUCCUUGUGCCCUCCAUCUUUCCCAACAUCAGGGUCUUUUCCAGGGAGUCUUCUCUUCUCAUGAGGUGGUCAAAGUAUUGGAGCCUCAGCUUCACAAUCUGUCCUUCCAGUGAGCACUCAGGGCUGAUUUCCUUAAGACUGGAUAGGUUUGAUCUUCUUGCAGUCCAUGGGACUCUCAAGAGUCUCCUCCAACACCAUAAUUCAAAAGCAUCAAUUCUUCGGCGAUCAGCCUUCUUUAUGGUCCAGCUCUCACUUCCAUACAUCACUACUGGGAAAACCAUAGCUGUAACUAUACGGACCUUUGCCGACAAGGUGAUGUCUCUGCUUUUUAAGACGCUGUCUAGGUUUGUCAUUGCUUUGGGCUUUGUACAAUUCCUCAAAUUAUGCUUUAUCCCAACUGUGGGGAAAGGUGAGCGGAAAUUCUGCCCAUUUAUGUGCUGCCGAAAACUUCUGAGGUUUUUACAGCUUGCCCAAAGGACCAGCUGACCAGAUUUGGGUGCGGAUUCUACCCAGGAACUGUGACUGCAUGCAACUAAUUUUCUUACUUUCCCCCUGAAAUCAUUAGUGAUCCUGUAGCUCACUGUCUGGCCCAUGUUUACAGUUCUUUAUCUCUUCUAUCCCCCACACGCUUUUCCCAAACUUUAAAGAGGAGCUCUCUGUCCGCCCAAAGUGGCUAUUUUAACACCUGCUGUUGAUCUUUCUUCCUCUUCAUCACAUCCUCAUAUCCUGCUGUUUUUGUUUCAAAGUCCUCUCUCCUUCAAAGUUCAGGAAAAUUCCCUCUUCCUUUGUCUGCCCUCCAUCAAUUGCCAGCUGCUUGUUUGUGCGAUGUCUGUCCUCUGUUUUCUUCUCACAUUUGCAACAAAAGCAAUCCCACUUUGAAAAGACAGGUUGGGGAAGGCAAAUAACCUGGAUAUUUCUCCCCACACACCCUGCUUGCCAUAGACCAACACAAAACUUGAUCUAUCAGCAGUAUUGUGAAGUGUGCAUGGCUGGGCUGGCUGAGCCUGGUGGGAGGUAUAGUUUCGAAACAUCUGGGAAGACACCAGCUUGGAGAAAACUGGGGCAGUUCUUUUGCUUGAGGAUCUCUUCCAGGCAUCCCCAAACUUAGCCCUCCAGCUGUUUUGGAACUACAAUUCCCAUCAUCCCUGACCACUGGUCCUGUUAGCUAGGGGUGAUGGGAGUUUUAGUCCCAAAACAUCUGGAGGGCCGAGUUUGGGGAUGCCUGAUCUCUUCUCUGUCUGCAGCAGGCUUUAUUUCAGGGGUGGGGAACCCUUUGGCCCUCCAGAUGUUGCUGAACUACAACUCCCAUCAACCCAAGCAAGCGUGGCCCAGGGACAAUGGGAAUUGUAGUUCAACAUCUGGAGGGUCUAAGAUUCCUUGCACCUCAUUUACCGUACUUACUCUGUGAUGGCAUGAAGUGUGUUUGGGCAUUUGUGCUGUUGUUUGUUGUUGUUUAGUCGUGUCCGACUCUUCGUGACCCCAUGGACCAAAGCACGUCAGGCACUCCUGUCUUCCACUGCCUCCCGCAGUUCGGUCAAACUCAUGCUGGUAGCUUCAAGAACACUAUCCAACCAUCUCGUCCUCUGUCGUCCCCUUCUCCUUGUGCCCUCCAUCUUUCCCAACAUCAGGGUCUUUUCCAGGGAGUCUUCUCUUCUCAUGAGGUGGCCAGAGUACUGGAGCCUCAGCUUCAGGAUCUGUCCUUCCAGUGAGCACUCAGGGCUGAUUUCCUUCAGAAUGGAUCGGUUUGAUCUUCUUGCAGUCCAUGGGACUCUCAAGAGUCUCCUCCAGCACCAUAAUUCAAAAGCAUAAUUUCUUCGGCGAUCAGCCUUCUUUAUGGCCCAGCUCUCACUUCCAUACAUCACUACUGGGAAAACCAGAGCUUUAACUAUACAGCAUUUGUUUUAGGUGGGACUAGAAAAGGCCACUGCCUCAAAUAAUUUGGCAAGGCAGCUCUGGCUAUUCCCCUCCUCUGUGCCUAAACCCCCGGGUGCCCGUUAUAGCCGAGAAAGAUUGAAUGAGCACUGAGUCCGUUGUUUCUUUUCUGUGCCGCUUUUCUGGCGUUCUCUGCAGCCAUUUCGGCGUCUAUAAGUGCUCCUGUCUCUGUUUAAAUUAAAUCAACAUUUAUUUUUUUCCCUGUGACAGCCUCUCUCCUUCUCUUGCUUAGCUGGUCAUUUUGUGGCCUGCUUCUCGCAAAAAGCCUUUGCUCUGUGCCAGGUUUCGUAGGCAUGGCCAAAAAUGGGCCCUCCAGCUGUUUUGGGACUACAACUCCCAUCAUCCCUAGCUAACAGGACCGGUGGUCAGGGAUGAUGGGAAUUGUAGUCCCAAAACAGCUGGAGGGCCAAGUAUGGCCAUGGUUGGAGUAAGGGGAUUCUAGAGAACAGGGACAGGAAGGGGAGUGUGAUAGGAAUUUUAUGGUCUUAGAUAUAUGGUAAUGUUCAUAAGUGUACCAACCAAGCACGUACAUAGAUCAGCACAAGAAGACCGACCUGGAACCAUUUUGAUUCCCAAACUGACCAAAUGUUUUAAAAGAAUGGCCAGGCUCCCCAGGCAAUCCAAUCAAGUAACCUGCCAGAAAGGAGAUAAACAACAACAACAAGAGAAAAACAAUAUUCAAAUUUCUGUUUUAGACCACCUUUUUGGUGAUGUAGGUGUGAUGUAUCUGAGGGGUGGUCUUAGGUUACACCCCUUCUGUGAUGUAUGUAUGAUGUUUCUGGGGGUGGUCUUGAUCUACAGGAUGGGAAUUUCAAAAGUCUUUAUAAGGCCUUGCAUGCCAUUUUUCUGGGUCCCUCCUCUCUCCUGCGUGUGAAGGCAACACCCUGUUGCAACAGAUCAAUAAAGAUCAGGCUUACUAGCUGCUUUGCUUCUCAAAUAUUCUCUGGUUGGCCUCUGUUAUUCUCUCCUAGCAAUAGGGAACCUAUGUAAGGACUCUAUAUGGGCUCUUGGAUACCCCAUAAGGGAAAAGGGCAAUUUUUAUUUACAACAGGAGGCCCAGAGCGAUCUCCUCACCCAAAAAAAUACCCUGGAGCUCUCCAGCUCCCAUCAGUCCCAAAGCAGCAGAGGGGACCAGGAAAAAUGUAGAGACCAUUCUCCAUGUUCACCUGUAGCCUUAAGCUCUUUCUGCCAUCCUCUGGCAGAUAAUUGGUGUGUCGUAUUCCAGAGGGGGAGGGAGGCUGAUUUUCCUAUUCUUGCAGAAAGUUUUAAAAGAAGAGUCUUAUAAAAGCUCUAGUGUUCGGCACAUUAGAGUUAAUUAUCUAAUCUUAGGCAACUCAGCCAGCUUGACAACUCUUUCUCUCUGACUCACUAAUGUUCGUUAUUUCCCAGCAGAGGCUGUUAAUCGGGUAAUUUGGAAAGCUGGUUAUAUUUGGCAUCUCUCUCUUUCUCUGUUCACCCGCUUAAUACUGAUGUUACAUGUGUCAACCGGGGGAUGGGCCAGCGUUGCCAACGUUUCAGCCGGCCCCUGCUUCUGUGCACGUGCGCUUUUAACAGCGGUUUUCUCGCAGAGACGCUCCAGCAGAUUUUUAAAAAACACCUUUUCGCUGGAAGGUUGCCUGCAGACUUCUGAAGACCCGGCUUCUGUUUCAAAGGCGCAAGAGCAGGCCGGGCUGCCUUCUUGUUUGGUCAGUUGGCAACGCUCUGCUCAAGGCAAAAACUACGUGUUGGCUAUCUUGUGCCAAGACCCUGUGAAUAUGUUUGUGGUGGUUUGUGUUUAGGAAGGUUUUGGGAUGGUUAUAGGCCAUCCCAGUCUCAAUACUGUUUGCAUUUGCAGAUAUUUGGGGACGGACAUCCUGGUUCAUUCCCAAUCACUGCAUGUCCCACAACUUAACUCUGGAACUUCUUAUACCACAAAUCUACCGGGUUUUACAGUGGUAUCUUGGUUCUCAAAUGCCUUGGUUCUCAAACGCCGAAAACCCGGAAGUAAGUGUGCCGGGUUUUGAACGUUUUCCAGAAGCCGAACAUCCGAUGCGACUGUUGGCUAUUGUUUCUGGGGCGCCUGCACCAGUCAGAAGCUGCGCCUUGGUUUUCGAACAUUUCAGAAGCCAAACAGAAGUUUGGCGCUUUUCUUUUUUGCUAUUUCUUUUGUGUUUUUGUUUCGGAGGCUUUUUUGGUUAAUUUGUUUUUGUGACUGUGUGGAACCCAGUUCAGUUACUGACUGAUUGAUUGUGUGACUGCGGAAAUGGAUAAAAGCCCCCCAUCCAAACAGUGACUAUCAUCAGUGCAGCUAAGGAAAAUAAUAAUUUUAAUUUUUAUCAUCUGCAAUACUGUCUUAUUUAUCUUAUAGUACAGUACAUUUAUUAUUGCUUUCAUUUUAUGGAACAAUGGUCUCAUUAGGUAGUAAAAUUCCUGUUAAAUUGCUGCUUUAGAGGUUGUUCUUAAAAGUCUGGAACGGAUUAAUCGGUUUUGCAUUACUUUCUAUGGGAAAGUGCGCUUUGGUUUUGGAACGCUUUGGUUUUGGAACGGAUUAAGUUUGAGAACCAAGGUACCACUGUACAGAUGUUUGGGCAAUGCUAUCCUGAUUCAUUCCCAGUUGCUUUGUGUCCCGCAGCUUUCCCCUGGAACUUCUUAUACCACAAAUCUACUGGGUUUUAGUUGUUGUCCCACUUUUGUUGUGCCGUUGGGCAAGAUGGCAAUAAUGGCAGCCAUGUUGGGGAAGCACCACACAAGACCUAAUAAAUCGUGAUCCAGUGUAGGUCUUCCACUAACCCACGACUGUGGCAUCAACGACGUGUUGCAGAAUGAACAGCAGCGAGAAUAUUAUAUGCGCAGAAACAGAAAGCAUAGCAGGUCCCAGCAAAGGAGGAGAGACUUUUGAAAGGAAUGGACCGUGCUGAGACGGCAAAGCUGACAGCGAAAUUAAGAGAUCAAAAUGGCGACCCUUUUAACAGAAGAAUGGAGGAGGCCUUUCAUGGAAUAUUCUUUAAAAAUACCGUAGUCAGCUGAAAUCACAGGCAGGAUUCAAAAUGAAAGCAGCGGAAGGAAAAUAAUUGUACAGUGGUACCUCGGGUUACAUACGCUUCAGGUGACAUACGCUUCAGGUUACAGACUCCGCUAACCCAGAAAUAGUACCUCGGGUUAAGAACUUUGCUUCAGGAUGAGAACAGAAGUCAUGCGGUGGCAGCGGGAGGCCCCAUUAUCUAAAGUGGUGCUUCAGAUUAAGAACAGUUUCAGGUUAAGAACGGACCUCCGGAACGAAAUAAGUACUUAACCCGAGGUACCACUGUAAUGGAGAAACUUUGGAUAAUAAAGAUCUAGGCUGGAUCUACACACAUCAGAAAAGCGUUAUAGGGAAACGCGUUGUGAACUUUAUUAUGGUAAAUCACGUUGGCGAAACGCACGCCCCCACAGCGCCACCGGGUGUCACAGUGUUGCAACGCGCAUAAAAUGCUUUUUUGCUGAGUCCAUAGUGCAGUAGAAAAGGUUUGAGUGAAAACACGGUGGAGGUGGGGAGUCAGUUUAUGGGGUGAAACUCUUUGAUAUGAAGACGAUUGUGAAAAUGUUUGAAACGUUUAAUUAAAGAAAAUUAUAUUGCAAAAAAAAAAAUGAUGUGUUGCAGAAUGCACCCCACAAAAAAUUACCCCACCUGUCUGGGGUACGGUGGGCCUUUACUUCUGAGUAAGCACACAGAGGCCCAUGAAAUAAAAGCCCAAUCCUGUUCAAUGCAGUGUUCGGCUGUUGACCAUGAGGGCUAAAAUAAUUUAGUCUCAGAGUUCAGGGACCUUUUAAAAACGCAUUUUUAAUUGCCGGGUUGCAAUUGCCUUGAAAUGUGGAGGUUUCAUUCAGGAUUGAACCCGGGGUUUUCUGCAUUUGAAGCAGGUGCUCUAACCACUGAGCUGGCUGGCUAGGCUUUUCUGCAGAUGGCUUCUGGGUACUUUAAGGCCAAUAUCUUUGUGCUGCACUCUUCGGAAAGAAAUAACUUGUUUUUGCAUAUUUUGGGGGGGCUUUAUCCAACUACCACCAUAUCUAAAAAAGAAACAUGACAUGUCACCAAAGGACUAAUGUCACCUCUGUUGUUGCAUGAUCCAUUUUUCACUCAUUUUGAACGAAAGCUCUCAUGAAAGCCAUCACUAAGUAGGGCAAUAUUGAUCGUCUGCUGUAGCCGUAAUGAGACCCAUUUUGGUUCUUUAGCUGCUUAGAGACGUGUGAUCAAAUGGCCUCUUUUCAACCAUUUUCCUCUUUCCUUUUUGCAUUUCUAGAACGAAUUUUAUUGAAUUUUCAAAAGUUUGACAUAGAUUCUUCAAUACAUAAUUUUUAUUCCCCCCCCUCCCCCAAUUUCCCAACCAGUUUUCCCACGGUGUUUCUAUUUCCUGCAUUGCAGGGGUUAGACUAGAGGAUAAUAAUAAUAAUAAUAAUAAUAAUAAUAAUAAAUAAUAAUAAUAAUAAUAAUAAUAAUAAUAAUUUAUUUAUUAUUUAUACCCCGCCCAUCUGGCUGGGCUUCCCCAGCCGCUCUGGGCGGCUUCCAACAAAAUAUUAAGAUACAGUAAUGCAUCAAACAUUAAAAGCUUUCCUAAACAGGGCUGCCUUCAGAUGUCUUCUAAAAGUCCUUGGAAUCCCCUCUACAAUUCGUACCAUGUCUGUGUCACUUUUCGGCCACCAAGCCCAUCCUAGAGAUCUUACUUUUUGAGCCUGUAGUUCUCUUUCAGGCCCCAGGAAGUGCCACCCAAAUCGCCUCUGAGCAUGCCUUUGCAGAGCAACAGCAGAGAUUGAGUGCGCCCUUUUCUUCCCCCAAGAAAAGAUCUGCUGUGCUUGCAAGGGUGUGACGAUGACUCUGUUCUUGCUGCGUGGCUGUCUGUGCCCUGACUCUGGGAAAUAAGACCUCUCUCUCCUCCUGGGCGCUAAAGGACUCUCCCUUGGCACGGCCUCAGAGUUCCCUGACUAGAAUAGCCGCCUUGGAGUGCCGGAUUUCUCCCUUUGUCAACAGUUUCCUGUUUCCGUAUUGAGGGGGCGUUCCAACCUGCCCCCAGGCGUGACUGGAUCGCAAAUUCAGGUUGUGCAAUUCAAGCUGAUUAAGGGAAGCGAUGGGAAGGUGCAGGAUAACACUUGCUUGAUGAUGACACGUCUUCAGAACAGAUAGCUGGCACCGUCUAAUCCAGGCAUAGGCAAACUCAGCCCUCCAGAUGUUUUGGGACUACAACUCCCAUCAUCCCGGACCACUGGGCCUGUUAGCUAGGGAUGAUGGGCAUUGUAGUCCCAAAACAUCUGGAGGGCCGAGUUUGCCUAUGCCUGGUCUAAUCUCCCUGUAAACAAAUCAGGCUUAUUAUUAUUAUUAUUAUUUAUUUAUACCCUGCCCAUCUGGCUGGGUUUCCCCAGCCACUCUGGGCGGCUUCCAACAGAACAUUAAAAUACAAUAACCUAUUAAACAUUAAAAGCUUCACUAAACAGGGCUGCCUUCAGAUGUCUUCUAAAAGUUUCGUAACUUGAAUGCAUAACGAUCAGUUUUCACACCUGGUGAAAAGAAAUAGGCAAACAUGGCCAAUACUUUAAGGCAGCGGUUCUCAACCUGUGGGUCCCCAGAUGUUGUUGGACUACAACUCCCAUCAUCCCUGAGCUCUGGCCUUCCUAGCUAGGGGUGAUGGGAGUUGUAGUUCAACAACAUCUGGGGAGCCACAGGUUGAGAAAGGCUGCUUUAAGGUGUCCCUUAAAGUGUUUACCAUGUGUGCCUUUUUCUUUAAGGAAGACUUGCCAAACAAUUUCACAGUCUGGGACUUUUCUCUUUCCCUUGCCUUCGGAGAGAGGGUUUUAUUUUUCCUACGCAAGCUUCCUAAAAUGACAUCCCAGCUGAAGAUUCAUGUUUUGCUCCCCUCCAAGAACUGGUGGCAGUUUGCAAGAAGGAAUCCUUCGGCGGGGGAUGAUAUCAGGCUAAGCUGGUCUGGAUGGGAGAUGAACCUUAGUUUGAGGACCCACUCCAGCCAGUCGAAUGCAUUCUGGAAGAAGGCAGAGCAAGCCUGGGGGGAGGAGGUGGGGCGUCGGGAGAAUCCUGCAAGCUGAAUAGAGAGGCCUGGCCACAUUUGGCUCCUGGGCCUGCAGUUCCCUACCUCUGGAUUAGAACCGUGAAGUUACUGUAUUUUUCGCUCUAUAAGUUGCACUUUUUAAGGGGAAAUGUGUGUGCGUCUUAUGGAGCAAAUGCAGGCUCCAUGGCUUCAGCGAGAGCAACGCAAAGCCUCCGAAGCGCAGUGGAAGCGCUCCCCCCGCGCUCCGGAGGCUUCAUGUUGCUUUCGCUGAAGCCUGGAGUGCAAGAGGGAUCAGUGCACACCGAUCCCUCUUGCUCUCCUGGCUUCACUUCGCUAGAGAGGCGCUGCGCAGCUUUCCCUCUCUGCGCAGCGCCCCUUCAGCGAAGCGGGAGGAGAAACGGAAGGGGCUCCGUUUCUCCUGCCGCUUCGCUGAAGGGGCGCUGCGCAGAGAGGGAGAGAAUUUUUUUUCUUGUUCUCCCCUCCCCCCCCAAAAAAACUACGUGCGUCCUAUGGUCGGGUGCAUCCUAUAGAGCGAAAAAUACGGUAAUUGUUGCUCAGCUGCCUUUUAUCGGCUUGGCUCCUGCGCUUUUAUGGUAGCUUGGCGCACUUACAAAAACCCAGCAGCUAAUUAAUUUUCCUGGACAUAGAGAUAAGCUGAGCGAGGGAGAGCAUUUUCCUCUCUGCAACCAGGAGAAGUAAUUGUCUGUUUGAUGUCUAUGUGUCAGGUGAGCACCAGGCUAUUUCUAGGUGAGCGUGUUAGAAGGGUUGGGUGGCGAUGUUUUGUUUCUUAUUCUAAGGGCACCUGAGGUUAAAUUAUCAGGCAAACGGCGGCAAGCACAUUUCUUCCCAUAUCAUCACUGCUGGCCUAUCUGUCUGUUUGUGUCAGAUGUGUCGUCUUGCAAGAGAGAAAAAUGGCCUCUCUUCCAACCUAAAAGUUAGGGCUGGUUGGAGGGAUGCAAACAUCAAUUGUCAGCACUUGUUCUGCAGAGAGUUUAUUACUGCUCUCGUUAUUAUCACUAGCAAGGAGCACAAAUUGGCAUGCAUAGUUUCCCUCCCACACCUCUCCAUUUUACUCUCGCAAUGAUCCUGAGAUGUAAGUUAGUCUGGGAGACACUGACUGAGUGAAGGUUACCCAGUGAGCUUCAUUCGUGGCUGAGUGGGUGUUUGAACCCUGGUUUCUCAGGUCCUGUGUGAAUGGUUUCUUUAAAUGUAAAGGUUCAUCACUGUUCCACUCGAUGUGUAUGUCUUUAAGGGGCCAGAGCAAGGGCCAAAGCAAGAUAACGAGACCCAGAUUUACAGCUGUGAAACAUAGCAGGUGCUGCUGAGUUGUAUUGAUUAAGCUGUGUUGGCAAUUGGGUGUAGUAUAUAAGGAGCAGCACCUAGCUCUCCCAUUACCCUGGGGGAUGGGUUGGUGGUUGGGACUGGUUUGUUGUUGAUGUAUUUAGUGUAUAAGGAGUUUUUGUUUUUGUAAUUAAAACCUUGUUUAAGCUAUUUUUGAGUCCCUUUUUAAUGCAUGGUCUCCCCAGCAAGCUCUCUGCAGCGCUACCAUACUGCAAAUAGCCAACACUGUGGGACACGAGUGGCGCUGUGGGUUAAACCACAGAGCCUAGGACUUGCCGAUCAGGAGGUCGGUGGUUCGAAUCCCCAUGAUGGGGCGAGCUCCCGUAGCUCAGUCCCAGCUCCUGCCAACCUAGCAGUUCAAAAGCACAUCAAAGUGCAAGUAGAUAAAUAGGUACCGCUCCGGCGGGAAGGUAAACGGCGUUUCCAUGCGCUGCUCUGGUUCGCCUGAAGCAGCUUAGUCAUGCUGGCCACAUGACCCGGAAGUUGUAGGCCAGCUCCCUCGGCCAGUAAAGUGAGAUGAGCGCCGCAACCCAAGAGUCGGCCACAACUGGACCUAAUGUUCAGGUGUCCCUUUACCCUUUACCUCUCAGGUCCUAGACCAACACUCUAACCGCUACAGUGCUCUAACCCGGUUCGGGCAUCACACGAAACCUUGGUUUGUACCAUGGUUACAAAUGUAUAUUAAGCAAACCAUGGUUUAUGGUUGAUUGUCUACUUUCUCUUCCCCCUCUGUUGCCUAUUUCUAUGAAGCGGGGGGAGGGGUCUGCAGAGGUAGAGCUAAUCAAUUGCUGCAACAACCUUAUUGUAUCAAAGUUGUAAAUUUUUGCUUGCAAACAGCCUCUCUUAUCGGGAAGUACAGCAGUACAACUUUCGUUUGUUGAAAUCCUCACUUGCCAUUGCAAAAAUAAAAGUGAAGAAUAUGCUAAGCAACUCCGGGGUUAAACCAAGUCAGCUCCACGCACAUUCCUAGGGAUUCAAGGAGCAGGUACUUUAUAAAAAGAAGACUUUGUGGUCUAUAAAUAUUUCUGCGGUUGUCUGCUUGGAGACUGUUGCAGUUGGACAUUUUUAGCAUAGUGCAGAGGAUGCAAGAAUUGCAAUAAAUAGCUUGCGCUGUGAGCUAAAGAGGCAAACCCCCUUUUAUUGUGCUGAAUUAUGGAACCAGGGAUGAGGAGAGUUGAGGGAUGGCAGACUGUGAACUCAUUCAACUCCAACCGAUGGCUUGCAUGUGCAAAACAAUUGCCGCAUGUCAGAGACUUGCUGACAGGACUCCAUCAUUGCCCCAGACAAUCCUAUCCAAUAUUAUUAGUUAAGAAUAAUUACCCUUCAACACCCCUCUUCCACUGGCUAUCUCCAUGGGGGCACUUCAGACCUUUAGGCCAAAUUCAGACUCCACAGUUCCGGGCAGGUGGUAGCCUUAGUUGUAGGGCUAACUCCAAGUUUGAGACUGGGCUCUGGCCAAUUUGGCACAUCCACCACAACAAUAAGGGGACGCAGGUGGUGCUGUGGGUUAAACCACAGAGCCUAGGACUUGCCGAUUGGAAGGUUGGCGGUUCGAAUCCCCGCAACCAGGUGAGCUCCCAUUGCCCAGUCCCUGCUCCUGUCCACCUAGCAGUUUGAAAGCACGUCAAAGUGCAAGUAGAUAAAUAGGUACCGCUCCGGCGGGAAGGUAAACGGCGUUUCCGUGCGCUGCUCUGGUUCGCUAGAAGCGGCUUAGUCAUGCUGGCCACGUGACCCAGAAGCUGUACGCCGGCUCCCUCGGCCACUAAAGCAAGAUGAGCGCCGCAACCCCAGAGUCGUCCGCGACUGGACCUAACGGUCAGGGGUCCCUUUACCUUUACCACAACAAUACAAAAGCUCUUUUGUCAGUUUUGCCUUUCGGUUUGCUGACUCCAAACACCGAAAUUCUUCUGAUUCCUCAUCCAGACAGCAGGAGAUGCCCUUAGCAACCAUUUAGGACCAUUAAUUCUGCUUUUGCCAAAAAGCUUUGCUGCGGGAACAGCAUGCACAGACUCACAGGGGAGGGCUCGGCUGUGUUUUAGCAACAGUGAGCAAGAGCGCCUGAUGUCGCAAAAGUACCAGGAGAAACGGAUCAGGGUUCUCGUCAUCUUGGGGUCAAGCUAGUCGCAUUUAGGGGUCUCCUGAGUCAUUGGAGCUGCGGCGGUAGAGGAAGCUGGCCCUUUUCUGCACAGGUUUUCCCCGUUAAACUUGUUUUUCUUGCAAAGCCAUUCUUUCUUUCCUGUUAUAAGAAAAAAACCUUUUCCUUUCCCCUUAUCCAAGAGCCCUUAAGUGGGUUCCCUAUCGGUAGGAGAAAAUGACAGAGGCCAACCAGAGUAUAUUGAGAAGCAAAGCGGCUAGUAAGCCUGAUCUUUAUUAACUGUUGCAACAGGGUCCCCACUCACCACAUGCGGGAGGAGAACCCAGAACAAUGGUGUGCAAGCCCCUAUAUAGACUUUUGAAAUGGCCCACCCUGUAGCACAAGACAUCAUACAGACAUCACAGAAGGAGGAGGUCUACAGCAGAAAUCCUGUUUUCCAGGAUACCUGAUAAUGGUCACUGAUUGCUUUUACCUGGCCAUCCUGGCCAUUCUUUUGUGAUGAUUAAUACUUUAGUUCCUGAAUCCAGGUCACAGGCUCACCCUGUUCAUGCACAAAUAUGCCCUUAAGACAGGAUUUGUAAGCAAAAGACAACGGGGAUGCUUUUCCCUAUUUCCUUCCUCCUUGCAGAGAAAUAUUUGAGGUCAAUUUGGGAGAGUCAAAAUGGCUUCAGGGUUGUUCUCCUGUGCAUAGCUGUCAACUUUUCCCUUUUCUUGCGAGGAAUCCUAUUGGGAAUAAGGGAAUUUCCCUUUUUAAAAGGGAAACGUUGGCAGCUAUGCACUGUGCUAUUUCAGACAUGUGGUUUAUAUACCGGUACUUAUGUGUGUGUGUUUGCCUGGUACAUUUAUGGACAUUUGAUUUACAUUUGAGACCUUGGAAUUCUUAUUACAAUCCUAAAGCAAAAUAUACUGAUAGACGACCCGGAGGAAGCAUCCCUCAAUUCAGAGUAGGGUGUAGCCUCUGUAAUAUUUUGAAAAGAGAGACUAUUGCCGCAAGGGCGAAUUUUUGUGGUGCGGUAGCAAAAGGAUGUGGGGGCAAUGUUAGCCAUGUACGUCUCAAAUUUCUGCAUCAAGCUGACCUACUUUUCCCCUGUGGGGCAGGGCGGGCCUGAUGAGUCAGCGCUUUUGUCUCUCCCCCCCCCCCGCCCCGCAGUGACUCAUCCCUCUCAGCUGUUCCCCAUCUCUGGUAAAGUAUGGAGCCAGCCCUGGAAUUGCCAGAGGAAUCUUGGGAAUGUGAGCUAAAGGGAGCCACUUUGGAGGGGUGGGUGGGAGAAGGAAAACGUUAGGCUGGUGCCUGUUUUUGUGAAUCUGUUCUGUAAAUGUUCCCCUGAUACACGAAGGCAGAAUUCGAAGCAGAGACCCAAAGCUCCCACCCAGUGGGAAUGUGAAAUUGUAUUCAAUUACUUCCUUGGUUUCUGAGACUUCGCCGUGCGUUACUCACACAAGUUAAAACCAGGAGUGGGAAAGCUGUAGCCCUCCAGAUGUUGUGGACUACAAUUCCCAUCAUCUCUUAUUUUCUCCUGCUCCAGAGGCUGGGACCCAAACCGAUGGAAUCUCCUCUCUUGUAACUUGAAUCUAACUAAACAUCAGGAAGAACUUUCUGAUGGUAAGAGCUGUAUGAUUCCAUGACUGAAUAAUAAUAAUAAUAAUUUAUUAUUUGUACCCCACCCAUCUGGCUGGGUUUCCCCAGCCACUCUGGGCAGCUUCCAACAAAGAUUAAAAAUACAUUAAAAUGUCACACCUUAAAAACUUCCCUGAACAGGCCUGCCUUCAGAUGUCUUCUAAAUGUCUGGUAGUUGUUUAUCUCUUUGACAUCUGGUGGGAAGGCGUUCCACAGGGCGGGUGCCACCACCGAGAAGGCCCUCUGCCUGGUUGCCUGUAGCUUUGUUCUCGCAGUGAGGGAACCACCAGAACUCUUUACAAUAGCAAAACCCCUUAUUUUGGCUGCGGAUCCCUUAUUUUCGAGGCUGCUGGUCCCCUAUUUUCAAAUCUGUAAGUUGACAGCUAUGCCUCCCGCAGUUUGGUCAAACUCAUGCUGGUAGCUUCAAGAACACUGUCCAACCAUCUCAUCCUCUGUCAUCCCCUUCUCCUUGUGCCCGCCAUCUUUCCCAACAUCAGGGUCUUUUCCAGGGAGUCUUCUCUUCUCAUGAGGUGGCCAAAGCAUUGGAACCUCAGCUGAUUUCCUUCAGAAUGGAUAGGCUUGCUCUUCUUGCAGUCCAUGGGACUCUCAAGAGUACUCCUUUCCUAAUUUUGAACCAAUCAGGAUAUGAUAGCCAUCUUCAAAUAUCUGAAGGGAGAUGGAGCAAGCUUCUUUUCUCCUGCUCCUGAACUAAAUGGAUUCAAAUGGCAAGGAAGGAGAGUCUGAUAACAUUCAGAAUAACUUUCUGAGGGUAAGAGCUGUUCGACAAUAGGAAUGUGGUGGCCUCUCCAUCUUUGGAGGUUGGGUGGUCAGCUGAUGGGGUGCUUUAGCUGCGUAUUUCAGGGGGUUGGACUGCAUGAAUUUUGGGGUCCCCUUUCAACUCUACAAUUCUCUGAACAGCUUCCCGGUGGCGGCUGACUCGCUCGACAGAUUCCUGCGUUAAAGGACACCAUUCAAGCCCACUCCUGAAAUACUGGCUCUGUUCGGCCACUUUCUGUCUGAUCCCCUUGGCACUCGCUUGGAAGACUGGUACUUGAUCCAUUUUGGCCCUCGGCCAGUUUUGUUGCUGCUUGUUGUCCUUUUACUCCGGAGCUUGCCAGUAGCCUCUCUGGGGAGUGUCCCUUUCCCCCCUAACAAAGGGGCUUUGUCGUGGGAGAAUUCCUGGGAACAAUGACGCGGCCCACUCAUUCCUGUGCACACGGCUUUGCUUUCUACAUCAGCGACAAAGGAGCCAUCUGUGCCCUUCUCCCUCGAGGGAGCGCCGGGGGGGGCGGUUAGAAAGGCUGCAGCUGUGCCUAGUGGGUGGAGCCAGUGUGCCAUCUCCACACCGAAUGUCGAUGGAGAUGGAUAUUGGUUUGUGCAAACCGCCAGCGGGAAAUGCACGAUUUCAGCGUUUUGUACAGCACCUAGCGCAGAACGCAGGGACAGUGGUCUUCUCAUCAACUGUAGGACUAAAGUCUCCCUUGAUUCAUCCCUCUUUCUCCUCAAUUCACCCCUCCAAACGAGCCAGCAGGCCAUCUUUCCCUUGGCCCCUGCACCUUACCUCUCUGGAGAAGGAAUUAUGGUGUUUCUGGCAGCCUUGGCCGGAUGCCAUUGUGACGCAGGUAAAGCGUGACCUUUCCUUCCUGUAGGCUAGGGCGGUCGGCAGCCUUUGCUUUUAUCCUGACACCUGAAUAUGCUUCAGCAUCCAAGCUUCGUUGGACGGAGCCUAAUUAAGGACAUGGGCUGUAAACUGAGCAUCUACCUUUUGGCUCUUGGGAUUCCUUGGCAGGCCCUGCUGUGCUAGGGGCUGGACUAAUUUCCUUAUAUUUCACCUCUGCAGGGAAAUGCUAGCUGCUGGUUUCAAGGUAACAAGCUCUCGUGGGACAGUGUUAUUUUGCGCGCCAGAGUUUCGGCUUCGAAUACCGUUUGUUUGUUGAUUUAAGGGACCCUGGUGUUUUAACAGCAAAGCGUCAUGCAGUAAUGAUCCUCAACAGUAUCUUCAUAAUCAUACGUUGCUUCACCUUCCUUUAAAAAAAAAAAAAAUUAUUCAGCGUUUUCCACUUUUACAACGAACAUAUGUAAAACUUUAACACAUCCAAUAUAUUCUUUAUAUCCAUUUCCUUCCUUCCUCAUCUGUGGUUCCUUCUAGUUUACCUUUACUACUGUAUAUCCAAGUUCAUUCCUUACUUAUUUAUUUUUUUCUCUUUAAGAACUUUCUUCCAAAUCUGUCUCAGUUGCUCAUAUUACACUGAUCCUGGUCUGACUGCACUGGCUACCAAUUAGUUUCUGGGCCCAAAGUGUUGGUUUUGACCUAUAAAGCCUUAAACGGCUCAGGACCGCAAUACCUCAAGGACCGCCUCUCUGCAUAUGAACCUACCCAGACCUUGAGAUCAUCUUCUGAGGUCCUCCUUCAUGUGUCUCCUCUUCGAGAGGUCCAGAGGGUGGCAACACGAGAACGGGGCCUUCUCUGCAGUGGCUCCCCGUCUCUGGAAUGCUCUCCCCAGGGAAAUUCACCUGGCGCCUUCAUUAUACACCUUCAGGCACCAGGCAAAAACGUUCCUUUUUAACCAGGCCUUUGGUUGAUCUUAUUGACAUCCUAUGCCUUUUUAAAAUGUAGUUCUUUUGGGGUUAUUGGGUUGUUGCUUUUAUUUUUGAUUAUAUAUAUAUUGUGGGUUUUGUGUUGCUCUUUCCUGUGAACCACCCUGAAACCUCUGCAUAUAGGGGCUGUAUAUAAAUUCUAAUAAUAAUAAGUCAUGGGGAAUAAGUCUCAAUUGCUACUAGCUGUGAUAGAGGCUAUGCUGUUUCUGAAUUCUGGAAGCUACAGGAGGAGAGAAUGCAUUUCUGCUUAUCUCCAGUGUUAGAAACACAGAUAUAUAAGCUAUUUGCCAAAUAGCGCCUUAAACCUAGGUUAUGGGCACUGCAAUGGAAAGUCAAGGGUCCUCUCCCUACCAAGUUUGCAAAGUCAGCACGAUAAAAUUCGAAAAGCACAAUGUUUUCCCACUUUUUUUGCUGCUAUUUGAGUCCCUGGGGUUAUUUCAGGUGUACUUUGUGGCCUUUUGAAAAAUGGAAGCCACUAACCAUUCCAAAUGGGAUGCGGGUGGUGCUGUGGGUUAAACCACUGAGCCUAGGGCUUGCCGAUCAGAAGGCCGGCGGUUCGAAUCCCCACGACGGGGUGAGCUCCCGUUGCUCGGUCCCUGCUCCUGCCAACCUAGCAGUUCGAAAGGACGUCAAAGUGCAAGUAGAUAAAUAGGUAUCGCUCCGGCAGGAAGCUAAACGGCAUUUCCGUGCGCUGCUCUGGUUCGCCAGAAGCGGCUUAGCCAUGCUGGUCACAUGACCCGGAAGCUGUACGCCGGCUCCCUCGGCCAAUAAAGCGAGAUGAGCGCCGCAACCUCAGAGUCGGCCACAACUGGACCUAAUGGUCAGGGGUCCCUUUACCUUUUUAACCAUUCCAAAAAGAAACCAUCGCAAAUAAAAGGAGCAGCCUUGCUUGUGUGAUUUCCCACAGGUUGGCCACUGUGAGAACUCGAUGGGCCAUUGGCUUGAUCCAGCAGCGCUAUUCUUGCAUUCUUCAGCCCAAGACAUGAGCACGGCCUUGGAAUGGGUGCAGAGUGGGACCCCCCUGCCCUUUCAAAGCAGCCCCCGCGAUCCGCUCAUGCCUUUACAGCACCUCCUUGAGCAAAAAGCGUAUUUUCUUCCCCAGCAAAACACCUCCAGAUGCUUGUCUCGUAGGACUGUGGGCUGCUUAAUUAAUUUCAAGGAAUGUGCUUCUGAUUCUUCAGUAUUGACAAAAGGGAUGAGACAAUUAAUGCAAGAAACACGGAGAUAGAUUAAGCUUGUUAUGCAACCGCUACCCAGAAGGGGCUGUUUCCCCGGGGACGACAGGAGCUUGCCUAAAGACGCAUCCCGCUUCAAGGGAGCGUGUUCUGCUUUCCGUGAGGAAUUGCUUAUAGGGUCACAGAAUCGUAGACAGCUGGCCGUCCAACCUCUACUUAAAAACCUCCAAGGAAGGAGUCUACAUUCUCCCGAGAGAAUCCGUUCCACUGUUGAAGAGCUCUUACAGCCAGAAAGUUCUUCCUGGUGUUGAGUUGCAAUCUCCUUUCUUGUUAACUUGAAGCCCUGGGUUCGAGUCCUACCCUCCAGAGCAGGAGAUACGAAGCUUGCUUCAUCUUCCAUGGGAUAUUUGAAGAUAUUUCGUGACUGUUGUGAUCACUGCAGAUGGUGACAGCAGUGACGAAAUUAAAAGACGCCUGCUUCUUGGGAGAAAAGUGAUGACAAACCUAGACAGCAUCUUAAAAAGCAGAGACAUCACCUUGCCAACAAAGGUCCGUAUAGCUAUGGUUUUCCCAGUAGUGAUGUAUGGAAGUGAGAGCUGGACCAUAAAGAAGGCUGAUCGCCGAAGAAUGGAUGCUUUUGAAUUAUGGUGCUGGAGGAGACUCUUGAGAGUCCCAUGGACUACAAGAAGAUCAAACCGAUCCAUUCUGAAGGAAAUCAGCCCUGAGUGCUCACUGGAAGUACAGAUCCUGAUGCUGAGGCUCCAAUACUUUGGCCACCUCAUGAGAAGAGAAGACUCCCUGGAAAAGACCCUGAUGUUGGAAAAAUGGAGGGCACAAGGAGAAGGGGACGACAGAGGACAGUGUUCUCGAAGCUACCAGCAUGAGUUUGACCAAACUGCGGGAGGCAGUGGAAGACAGGAGUGCCUGGCGUGCUCUGGUCCAUGGGGUCACGAAGAGUCGGACACGACUAAACGACUAAACAACAACAAAUCAGAACUCCUCUCGGUAUCCUCUUUUCCAAACUGCUGCCAUCCAGCAGAAGCAGAUUUAGGGGAGCAUGAUCGGUUCGGUUGUGCUGAACGCAAAGCCUUGAGGGAUGUUGCAAAUAUUUGAGAGGCAAGCAGAUGCUGGAUUUUGGUGGCGCACGGGGCGCCGCUGAAAUUUGAGACCCCAGAGUCUUCCACUGACUCACUUCUACACAGCCUCUCGCCCCCUGCUCUCUGUUCCCUGUCCAGGCAAGUGAGAGACGUUAUCAGAGCUCAAGACCCCAUUCCAGCCAGGUGAAAAAACACUAAAGAAAGGUGCAAAAAUGGCAGACCCUCUAAGUGUCUCUAUUUUCCAGGGACGGCCCUGGAUUUACAGAAGUUGUCCCGGUUCCUGAUUUUAUCUGGAAAUGUCCUGCUUUUCCUUAAGACAACACUAUACCUGAAGGAGCGUCUCCACCCCCAUCGUUCUGCUAGGGGGGCUAUCUAUUUUGUGUCCAGGGCCGCUGUCUACCAGCUCUAUCUGGUACGCAGGAUGAGACCCUACCUGUCCGUGGACUGCCUUGCCAGAGUGGUGCAUGCUCUGGUUAUCUCCCGCUUGGACUACUGCAAUGUGCUCUACGUGGGGCUACCUUUGAAGGUGACCCGGAAACUACAACUAAUCCAGAAUGCGGCAGCUAGACUGGUGACUGGGAGCGGCCGCCAAGACCACAUAACACCGGUCCUGAAAGACCUACAUUGGCUCCCAGUACUUUUCCGAGCACAAGUCAAAGUGUUGGUGCUGACCUUGAAAGCCCUAAACGGCCUCGGCCCAGUAUAUCUGAAGGAGCGUCUCCACCCCCAUCGUUCAGCCUGGACACUGAGGUCCAGCUCCGAGGGCCUUCUGGCAGUUCCCUCCCUGAGAGAAGUGAGGUUACAGGGAACCAGGCAGAGGGCCUUCUUGGUGGUGGCACCCGCCCUGUGGAACGCCCUUCCAUCAGAUGUCAAGGAAAUAAACAACUACAGUGGUACCUUGGGUUAAGAACUUAAUUCAUUCUGGAGGUCCCAUCAAAUAUCAAGGAAAUAAAUAACUAUCUGACUUUUAGAAGACACCUGACGGCAGCCCUGCUUAGGGAAGUUUUUAAUGUUUGGUGCUUUAUCAUGUUAUUUAUAUUCUGUUGGGAGCCGCCCAGAGUGGCUGGGGAUACCCUGUCAGAUGUAAAUAAUAAAAUUACUACUACUACUACUACUACUACUAUUCUGUGAUCAGAUCUCUGCACUGGCUGCUGAUUUUCUCCCAGGCCAAGUUCAGGGUUUUACUAUUUGUAUCCAAAUCCCUUAACAACUUGGGACCAGUUUACCUCCCACCGUUCCACUUAGUGUAGCAGCAUCUAUACUUUGGAACUCCCUGCCACUUGAAACCCAGCCACAUGGACGGGGUAUAAAUAAACAAUUAUUAUUUUAUUUUCAUUGGAGAAAUGUUGGAGGGUAUGGAGUUAUGCAACCCCCGAGCCAAGGAGAUAAGUAACUAUGCAACCUUUACAAGACCUCUGAAGGCAGCCCUGUUUAGGGAAGUUUUUUAAUGUUCUAUUAUGUUUUUAUAUAUGUUGGAAGCUGCUCAGAGUGGCUGGGGCAACCCAGUUGGAUGGGAUGGGAAUAAUAAUAAUAAUAAUAAUAGUACAGUAAAAGAAAAUCCCUAUUUUCAUCGGAGAAAUGUUGGAGGGUAUGUACCUUUCCUUCUCCAGACAAACCUGCUUUCCAUCCUUGGUAAAGCUGUAACCUCCUCAGGACUCGACACUCGAGCCGUUUGACACCAUCCUUGGCCGUCUUCCUGCCUGAAGUGUGUCCAAUAGACGGCACUUGGGACAAGCGUUCAGUCUGUCUAACAGCCAAGCCGGCCCCUGCUCCCGACCUCGGCUCCUGGCCGUGUUCCCAGGCUGCAAUUCCAGGCGGUGCCAGGGAGUCUGGGCAUCCUGAGCCUUCUCUGGGUGAGCUCAAAGUGUGCCAGAUGUGAAGGGGAAGGCUGUUCCUCCGGGGGAGCCAAUCGAUCAAAUUAAAUGAAUGCGCGGUCAUUUCAUUGUGGGCUCCUUUCGGCCCAAUUAGCCUCCCGCGGAUCGUUCUUCACAGCCGCUGGGUUGGCCGAGGUCGCUUUUAAUGGCGCAAAGUUCUUUUCAGACGCGGCGCCGGCGGACGGUUUCCGAGAGCUUCGUGUGCAAUUAUUUUGGAGGUGACUUUAGGGAGUUUGGCUGUCUUGAGGAGGCUGGAGAGCCUGCCAGUGGCGCUAUAAUGGGAACUCGCUGUUCCCCAGAGGGGAUCCGUCAACCCUUUGAGAUUUGCUAAGUCCUACUUUCAGCCUUGCUUUUAGAAACUUGGAUAUAUAUUUUUUGCCAGCUUGGUGCCCUUUGGGUGUUCACACCAGCCAUUCUGCGCAUUUGCACCAGGAAAAAGCUGCCUUCUGUGAUCCGUGGAGGAAGUGCAAAUUAGGCGGGUUUGCAUGCGUUUGCUUAAACAGGAUUUUCUGCUACUCUGUAGGGCAAGGCAGAGAACUGCAAAGCACCGAAGCCAUACUAGCAAAAUCAAAUGCAAACCUUAUCCGUCCAAUUUUUCCCCGGGCAUUGAAGCUCAAUGGUCUCCCUCGGGUGGUUGUAGACCCUCCUUCCUUGGAGGUUUUUAAGCAGAGGUUGGAUGGCCAUUGGUCAUGGAUUCUUUAGCUGAGAUUCCUGCAUUUCAGGGGGUUGGACUAGAUGACCACUGGGGUCACUUCCAACUCUGAUUCUAUGAUUUCCCUCCCUCUCUCAUAAAACUCAGUGGGGUCAUCCAACAAGCAUAAAUGUUGGCAGAUUCAGGACCCACCAAAGGAAAAACUGGUUCAUGCAGCACAGGGUAGAAUUCGGGGAUUUGGUCCUCAAGAUGUGAUGGUGGUCCUGAAAGACCUGCAUUGGCUCCCAGUACGUUUCUGAGCACAAUUCAAAGUGUUGGUGCCAACCUUGAAAGCCCUAAACAGCCUUGGCCCAGUAGACCUGAAGGAGCGUCUCCACCCCCAUCGUCCAGCCUGGACACUGAGGUCCAGCGCCGAGGGCCUUCUGGCGGUUCCCUCGCUGCGAGAAGCAAAGCUACAGGGAACCAGGCAGAGAGCCUUCUCGAUGGUGGCGCCCGCCCUGUGGAAUGUCCUCCCAUCAGAUGUCCUAAACGACCUUGGCCCAGUAUACCUGAAGGAGCAUCUCUACCCCCAUUGUUCAGCCCAGACAUAGGGGUCCCGCUCCAAGGGCCUUCUGGCAGUUCCUUCACCACGAGAAGUGAGGUUACAGGGAACCAGGCAGAGGGCCUUCUUGGUAGUGGCACCCGCCCUGUGGAACGCCCUUCCAUCAGAUGUUAAGGAAAUAAACAACUACAGUGGUACCUUGGGUUAAAAACUUAAUUCAUUCCAGAGGUCCAUUCUUAACCUGAAACUGUUCUUAACCUGAGGUACCACUUUAGCUAAUGGGGCCUCCCGCUGCCGCCGCACAAUUUCUGUUCUAAUCCUGAAGCAAAGUUCUUAACCCAAGGUACUAUUUCUGGGUUAGCAGUCUGUAAACUGAAGGGUCUGUAACCCGAGGUACCACUGUAUCUGACUUUUAGAAGACACCUGAAGGCAGCCCUGUUUAGGGAAGUUUUUAGUAGUUGAAGUUUUAUCGUGUUUUUAAUAUUCUGUUGGGAGCCGCCCAGAGUGGCUGGGGAAACCCAACCAGAUGGGCAGGGUAUAGAUAAUAAAAUUAUUAUUAUUAUUACUAUUAUUAUUUAUUAGGGUCACCAACUUGGAUGGCUUUAUAAAAGGAUUGGGCCCAGCGUGGGGAACUUUGGUUCUCCAGAUGCUUCUGAACUACAACUCCCAACAGCCCCAGCAAGCAUGGCCAAUGGCCAGGGGUGAUGGGGAUUGUAUUUCAGCCACAUUUGGGGAGAACAAGGUCCCCCACACCUGGCUUAGACAAAGGCUGCUUCUCAAGACCCCAUCUAUGGAGCACUCAAUUUGCUUGCAUGGAGAUUAGAUGAUGUUUGCAGAGAGGUUAGAUGAUGUGGCAAUGCAAGCAUUAAUCCCGUGCUUUCCAGUGCAAUUCUCCGUUACUUUCCUGAUCUAAAAAAUGUCUGACCUUUUGCGGGGGAAAUGCAAGCCCUCUCCCACGAACCAUUGCACAACUUGAAUGUGCAACUUGACGAAUCCCACUUGAAAGCAGCAGCAGUCUGGAAGCCUCGUUGAGGAUUGGGCUACAAUGGCCUUGCAGUACCUCCCAAUAUUGCAGAUAAUAUUCCUUUGAAUACUGGGACGCGGGUGGCACUGUGGGUUAAACCACAGAACCUAGGACUUGCCGAUCAGAAGGUCGGCGGUUCGAAUCCCCAUGAUGGGGUGAGCUCCCGUUUCUCAGUCCCUGCUCCUGCCAACCUAGCAGUUCGAAAGCACGAAGUGCAAGCAGAUAAAUAGGUACCGCUCCGGCAGGAAGGUAAACGGCGUUUCCGUGUGCUGCUCUGGUUCGCCAGAAGCGGCUUAGUCAUGCUGGCCACACGACCUGGAAGCUGUAUGCUGGCUCCCUUGGCCAAUAAAGCGAGAUGAGCGCCGCAAUCCCAGAGUCAGCCACGACUGGACCUUUAUUCCCUUGAAUGCCAGCAGCUGGGCACCCCAAGUGUGCGUUGUUGCGCCCAAGUCCUGAUCGCAGGCUAUCCCUUAAACAUCUGGUUUACCCCUGUGAGAAACAGGAUGUUGGACCCGUCAGGUUUUUUCGGUCUGAUCCAGCACAGCUCUUCUCUUGCAAUCGGCAUUUUGGCAGAGAAGCCUUCCUUCAGAACUGGAAGGCUCUGAGGCACUGAAUGACUUCAAAAGCACCUGAACCCACAUAAAUAAACCGAAGAGGGGAAGCGUUUGUGACUCCCACCGCGGGAGGAAGCCUGUACAUUUCCCGUUUCCUUCUCUUUAGUUUAAAUCACAGCUGAUAAGUUUCCUGUGCAAUUGACUGUAAUUUGCAGGGGUAAACAGAGCUGUAUGGAGGAUGGAGGUAAACACAGCUCAUUCAAGGGAGCUGGGACCACAGCCUGUUUGGAGGAGAGUAUAAAAGGCUGGGCCUCUGUCAGUAAACUCUCUGUUCUCUGCCCCCCGACAGCUUCGUUUUGCGGCUGCUUUGAAACCGAACCCCUCAAGAUGAAGAGGACCCUGAAUUUCUGGUCAGCCCUCAGCCUCCUGAUGGUAAGUGUGAUUUCUUCCCCAUGACUUGACUUUGUUGCCUCUCGUGCCGUGCUGGAAAAGUGGUCCCAACAGUGUUUCCACCGGCAAUCUCUGCCUCCACUGCUUUGCAAAUAUUCCCCUUUCUUAUGCACACACCCGGAUUGGUAGUAAGCCUGAGGAUGUGAUGGUCUAUUGUAAGAGGGAGGAGGGAAACAAUGAUUGCCUGCCUGUGGAUAAAAUCCACAUCAGCCAAGCAAGGAGCUGCUUACCAACCUACCAGGCAUCUUACUGGCUCUUCACAUUGGCUCCCAGUACGUUUCCGAGCACAAUUCAAAGUGUUAGUGUUGACCUUUAAAGCCCUAAACGGCCUCAAAGGCCUAGUAUAUCUGAAGGAGCAUCUCCACCUCCAUCGUUCGGCCCGGACACUGAGGUCCAGUGCCGAGGGCCUUCUGGUGGUUCCCUCACUGUGAGAAGUAAGGCUACAGGGAACCGGGCAGAGGGCCUUCUCGGUGGUGGCGCCCACCCUGUGGAACGCCCUCCCACCAGAUGUUAAAGAGAACAACAACUACCAGACUUUUAGAAGACACCAGAAGGCAGCCCUGUUCAGGGAAGCUUUUAAUGUUUGAUGCAUUACUGUAUUUUAAUAUUUUGUUGGAAGCAACAAAAUUAUUAUUAUUAUUAAUCAAGGACAAGGGAACUUUUUUGUGGGUGCAGUCACCCCUUUCUCUCUCCCUGUUUCUAACCCUGCCUUUACAUGCUCUCUCUCUCGCCUUCUGCCAUUUCAUUUUUGUGCCCUCUCUAUUUCUGCCAUCCCCUUCCCCCACACUCUAUCUCUCCCCCUAUCUGGAUAGGAGGCUAGCACAGAGCAGUGACUCAUACUUCUUCUUCUUUGUUGAUCCUUCGUAGCCGAGUAAGAUUGUCUUCCAUGAACACGGUUUUAAAAGGGAGUCCGUAAGUGACUGUGGAGGCCAAUUCUGGAGCCACAUAUCCUUCCACAGUGGGGACAUUGGUUUCCAGGCGGGAGUUUGAUCACGGUGUGGGUUUGCCAAGUGUGCCUUCCUCUUAGCACGUUUCUCCCUUUCGUCUUGAGUUUGAGCAUCUUCAAAGCCCAUGACACCUUUGGUCAAGGCUGUUCUCCAACUGGAGUGCUCACAGGCAGGUGUUUUCCAGUUGCUGGUGUUUAUACUGCAUUUUUGAAAGAGUCUUUAGACCUCUUUUGUUGAUCACCAGCAUUGCGCUUUCCAUGUUUAAGUUUGGAAGAGAGCAGUUGUUUUGGAAGACGAUAAUCAGGCAUCCGCACAUCCAGCGAAGUUGAUGUCGAAGAAUCAUUGCUUCGCCACUGUUGAUCUUUGCUUCUUCCAAUAUACAGAGCAGUGACUCAUACAGAGAGGCAUUAGCCACCCUCCUCUGACACAGCACACUCUCCAGCUGCAUCUCUGCCUCAGGAGUGAUUAAAUGCUCCACCACUCAUACCCAAAACAGAGAAGGGGACCAUUACCUGUCCUAAGGAAAGAGUCGAGGUCAAGAAAUGCAUUGAAUAGGAGCCUAUUCUGUCCUUUGUCCUUCCAGGAGCUUCUCAUGAUUAAUAUUUGGAAGAUUUAUUGUAGCACCAGCAGUUCCUUCCUGACCCGUAAAUGUUCUUUGGCAGACAGUUUGGGCACGACAGGUCCAGAUGGUGACCUUGAGGGAACCCAGGAAGACCCAACAGACGAGUCUCUUUGAAGCCAUCAACGUCUUUGCACUUAAACCCCACUUGGGAUUGGCCAGCUGGGUUUUGCCCUCGCCCUCUUUCCCAAAAUAGACUCCUGACUGAGGCGGGGGGUGGGGUGAGUGGGCAGGCCAUGUAUGGGACCCCAGCCAACAAGGGGAAGUUUUCCAAGGGAAGGAAACAAAACCACAAUGGGCAGGUCUGAACUGCAACUCACAUUGCCACAUGUUCUAAAAUGCUGCCUAGGCAGUCAUUAUGCCAGGGGGUUGUUCUGUCAUCUUAAACUGGCGGUGAGUCAGUUCUUGCCAGCGCAAGCAGACAUCUAAGAGCUCUGAGAAACUCAGGCAUCAGGAGAAGGGAGGUGGCCAAGAACGUCUGAAUAUCUGCAGAAUGCGGGGGCCUUUAAGACCAUCUAGUUAUCUCCCGCUUGGACUACUGCAAUGCGCUCUAUGUGGGGCUACUUUGAAGGUGACCCGGAAACUGCAACUAAUCCAGAAUGCGGCAGCUAGACUGGUGACUGGGAGCAGCUGCCGAGACCACAUAACACCAUUCCUGAAAAAUCUACAUUGGCUCCCAGUACGUUUCCGAUCACAAUUCAGAGUGUUGGUGCUGACCUUUAAAGCCCUAAACAGCCUCGGUCCAGUAUACCUGAAGGAGUGUCUCCACCUCCAUCGUUCGGCCCAGACACUGGGGUCCAGCUCCGAGGGCCUUCUGGUGGUUCCCUCGCUGCGAGAAGCCAAGUUACAGGGAACCAGGCACAGGGCCUUCUCGGUGGUGGCACCCGCCCUGUGGAACGCCCUCCCACAAGAUGUCAAAGAGGAAAACAACUACCAGACUUUUAGAAGACAUCUGAAGGCAGCCCUGUUUAGGGAAGCUUUUAAUGUUUACUAGAUUAUUGUAUUUUAAUAUUCUGUUGGAAGCCGCCCAGAGUGGCUGGGGAAACCCAGCCAGAUAGGCGGGGUAUAAAUAAUAAAUUAUUAUUAUUGAUAUUAUUAUCCCCUAUCCUUCCUGUUUCAUGGUUUGUGUUGAACUCUGGAUUUCACCUGCUGAUGAGAUUACAGACUGACUUUCCCAACGAAGAGUUCUUCCCUAUCUUCUUCUUCUUUGGUGAUCACUCAUAGCCGAGUAAGAUUGUAUUCCUCAACAAUGAGUCCGUAAGUGACUGUGGAGGCCAAUUCUGGAUCCACACGUCCUUCCACAGCGUGGACAUAGGUUCCCAGGAGGGAGUUGAUCAUGUUGGAGGUUUGCCAAAUGUGCCUUCCUCUUAGCACGUUUCUCCCUUUCGUCCUGAGUCUGAGUGUCUUCAAAGCCAGAGUUGUAGAGUUAAAGGGACCCCGAGGGUCAUCUAGUCCAACCCCAGGCAAGGCAACCCCCUACUGCCACUUUCUCCUCCUCCAAAUACUUCAGUGGUUGCGUCCACGAAACCUGGAAAAGUCAGCUGAAUGGGCGUCUGUCUUUUGUGCCACUGCUGCAUUUCUGGGUCUUGUUUGGGUUUCGUGGUGUUGUGUUUUUUUUACUGAGUCAGAGGGAGGAAAAGUUUACUUUCGUGAUCUGCGAAGCCGCAGUUUGUGGAGAUCAUUGAUGAUGCUCCAGUUCCCAAACUCAUGCUAUGGUCCUUGGCCGUGGGCCAAGAAAAUCACUUGUGGUUCCCAGAAACUAGUAUUUGGAGCCUUACUGCCUCCAACGGUGAAGGUAGCAGCCAUUGAUAGCCUUAGCAGUAAUUCUUCUACAGUACUUAUAUAUUUAUUACUUUGCCUCCUGUUCUGGAGGGUAGGAUUCGAACCCAUGGCUCUGAGUGUUACAAGAAAGGAGAUUCCAACUAAACAUCAGGAAAAACUUCCUGAGAGUAAGAGCUGUAAAACCAAUUUUAUAAAUGUACCCAACAUAAUUAAAAUGCACAAUAAAACAAUUCCAUCCAUACGUUGAAAGCCUCCGUCAUUAAAUUGUGCAGUGGAAACGAGUCAUUAGAAGAGGAUAAGAAUUAAAAACAGCAGUGAAAACAGCUAGCUCAGGAAGUUCAGGUCAGAAGAUCAGGGGACUGCUUGCCUUAAACAGAUGCAUCUUUAGGAGCCGGCGGAAUGCCAAUUCAGAUGGGGCAUCUCAUAUUCCAGCAGAGACAGCAUUAUCCUCCCUGAAUCGGUCUAAUCCCUGGGAACAAAUUCCAUCGUUUCACUGUACUCAGUGUGGAGAGAUCCUUUCUCGAGCAAGCAGUUCAUACAAAGUCUCCCUGAGCUCAUUCUCUAUUUCCCGGCAUGCUGUGGUUUUUCUUUCGCUGCGGUUUGCUUUAUGGGCUGGUUUUGUUUCAAAUUAUGUUGUAAUUUUAUAUUUUUAUUGCAACCGAAGGUUCUGGCAUCGGUUAUCUGGCUCUGUAGCAUCUGCUCCCAAUUCUUCCUUUUUGUAAGUUUCCCUGCCUUGAACUUUCCCUGUGCCUCUCGUGAAAUGAAAGAUGGGUUCAGUUGCCCUCGGGUACCAUGCGGGUGGCACUGUGGGUUAAACCACAGAGCCUAGGACUUGCCGAUCAGAAGGUCGGCGGUUUGAAUCCCCACGACGGGGUGAGCUCCCUGCUCCUCCCAACCUAGCAGUUCGAAAGCACAAAGUGCAAGUAGAUAAAUAGGUACCACUCCGGCAGGAAGGUAAACGGCGUUUCCGUGCACUGCUCCGGUUCGCCAGAAGCUGCUUAGUCAUGCUGGCCACAUGACUCAGAAGCUGUAUGCAGGCUCCCUCGGCCAGUAAAGCGAGAUGAGCGCCACAACCCCAGAGUCAGUCAUGACUGGACCUAAUGGUCAGGGGUCCCUUUACCUUUACCAUGCGGGACACAGUCCUGGUUACAGUGUGGACAAAAACCUACCAGUCUGGAUGUGUAUGGAAUUGGGGACUUGGGAGAGCAGGCAUCUAGUCCAUCAUUUCAGGAAGCAAAAUCCAGAUUAUGCAAGGGAAAGAAAAAUCACAAUCAUUUUGCAUCACCUACAGGAACUUUCUUCCAUCUGCUUGCAGCAGAGACUUAUUAAAACACACGACCACAGCAGUUGUCGACUUCUGGCGACUUCACUGCAUGCAAGACAGACUCUGGAGCUUCUCAAUCUUUGAGGAGGUCAUGGUGUGCCUUUUAGGAGUUGUUCAACUGUAAAACGGGCUCCCUUGGGAGGCGGUGAAUUCUCUCUCUCAACACCAUCAGAAUGGCUUCCAUUUCAAGAUAUAUUUUUGUGUGUGUAUUAUUUUUAUUAAAUGUUCUGUUUUACACUUUAGAACAUUCAUUUAAACAACCUCAAAAUGUCAAUGACUUCCCUUCUUCUCUUUCCAUGGUUCAUUUUGCAUAUCAUAAAUCCCUGCAUAUUUUACACAAACUAAACCAUUCAGUAUUCCAUUAUUGCAUCCAUCAAAACUUAUUUACCGUAUUUUUCGCUCUGUAAGACGCACUUUUCCCCUCCUAAAAAGUAAGGGGAAAUGUGUGUGCAUCUUAUGGAGCGAAUGCAGGCUGCGCAGCUAUCCCAGAAGCCAGAAGAGCAAGAGGGAUCGGUGCGCACAAAAUCCUCAUACUCUUCUGACUUCAGGGAUAGCCACGCAAAGCCUCUUGAGCAAAGAGGGAGGCUUUGUGUUGCUUUCUUGUUUCUUGUUCUCCUUCUCUAAAAACUAGGUGCGUCUUAUGGUCGGGUGCGUCUUAUAGAGCGAAAAAUACGGUACACUGUUGAAUUUAUCUUACUGCUGCCACGUUUUCAGGUGUACACAAUUUCCCCCCAUAUAUUCAAUAAACGUUUCCCAAUCUUCUCUAAAUGCAUGUUCUUCUUGUUCUCUUAUUCUAUAUGUUAAGUUAGGGUUACCAGAUGUCCCCGGUUCCCGGGGACAGUCCCUGGAUUUGCAAAUCUGUCCCCGGACAAAUUCCGUCCCCGGAAUGUCCCCAGAUUUGCAAAUCUGUUCCUGGGAAACGUGGCAGCGGCAGUCUCAGCAGCCUGGAGCCAGCCUGGUAGCGCAGUUGGCUCUGGAUGGCUUCAGGAGCUGAACACUGUGGACAUCAGAGUGCCAAAUUCUCUCCCUUUUGCUUUUUUCAGGCCGCCUUCUGGCACCAGGCACAAGCAUGCGGCAGUCAAGAGUACUGGAGUUCCAAAGGCUACUGUGUCCCUUGCGAAGGGUGUCCUCCGGGAGAGGAGCCAGACAGGGUAAGCAAACCUAUCUGAGAUGUUUCCGAAUGCCUGGCCUCUGCAGCCCAGCUGCAUCGGUGCUGAAUGGGUGCUUUUGUUUUCAUCCAUCCAUUUAAAAUCAAAGUUUCUAGUCCCUAUGGACCUGAAUCUACUCUUGGAGAUACUUGAUGCUGCUCUUGCGGGAACCUCGUGGCAAAGCCUACUGGCGUUUCCAAAACCAAAUGGGUUGCUGAAUUAUAUUUCCCCUAAAUUAUGCAAUUAUUUGCGUCAUUUCUGCAGGCAGCACAGUUCAGCACCGAAUCCACAACAGCAUUUAUUAAUGGCAAGAGAAGGCUUCCAUUCACAAAAUAUGCCGCUGCCCCAACAUGCAUUCACAUUAAUAAUAAUAAUAAUAAUAAUAAUAAUAAAAGCAGUGCCAGGUUCAUAGAGGGAAAUGGCUUAAUUUAGAAAAUGUUCCUCUUUCGGUUUUGGAUGCAGAAUGAGAAACUGUAGUAUUCUAGCAUUCUUGUCUGUUUAUGCUUUCGCCUAACCAUGGGCAAGUAGAUGUGUCUGACAAAGCUACAGCCUGAAGGUUUUACACUCGCAAUUUUUAGUUUUCUUUUUUAUGUUGCAGCAUGCAUUUCGUUCUCAGAACGGGAGCUCCUCAAAGCUGAAAAGUCCUUUCUCUGGCGAAGCAUGCUGGGCCACAUUUUUGUGGCUGUUCUUUUUAAGCGUUCGCUUCCAAAUUGCCGUCGCGUUAGCACUGUUUUCUCCUAACUCCAGGCAGCUGUGUUCUGUAAACAAGACAGCCAUUGAGCAAUGUGCCUUUCAAUAAACAGGGCCUACUAUAUUAACUGCCGCUUAUUUUUCUUCCCGAUGGUUGCAGUCCCUUUUGAGCAGGGUGGAUUUGAUUUAAAUCAAAUCGAUUUAAAUCACUAGUCAGUAAAACUUGAUUUAAAUCUUUCUUUCUUUUUUACAGAAAGACUCAUUCUUGCUGGUAUAAUCUUAAUAUUUACAAACAGAGGAAGGUUUCAUUUUUGGAAUAAUAAACUUUCAGAGUAGGUUUUACAGUUGUAUCAAAAAUUACUGAUUUGGUUAUACUAUUAAAAAUACAUGACAGGUAAUUAUGAAAUUAUUGUGAGGUUUAAUAAGUUAACUGUUUAUAUUUGGGCAACUUUUCUGCUGUGCUUUAUUGGAAGGAGAAAAAUAAUCAUUUCCUUAAUAACAAUUUAUUUAAUUAAAACAAUAACAUUAUAGCAUAUGUAUCCAUGUUUGUUAACUGAUGUGGUUAAACAUUUUUAAAAAACAAAACUUAGACUGAGUUUUAGUACACAUGAAAACUUAAAACAAAUUCUUAUUUCCUGAUGAAUAGCCUCUGGACUAUAAUGUAACUUAAAGAGAAAACUAACUUUAGAAAGAUUUUUCCUCCAAAAGCAUUUUAUUUUAAAAAUCUGAUUUAAAUAAAAAAAAAAUCCGAUUAAAAUUUUAAAAAAUCUAAUUUUUGGAUUUAUUUAUUUUUUAAAUCAUUGGUUUUUAUCCACCCUGCUUUAGACCUUUAGAUUAUACAGAAACCUGCUGCAAAUGCAUGCAUCGAUUUAACAGGAACUGUAUGUCUCCGCAGAACCUACGCCCUGUACAGCUCAGUUGCGCACUGACUGUGAGCUAAUGCUCAACAGCUUCUCUCUUUUUUGCCACAAUCUGAUUUCCUGCUUCUCCAUCCCAAAUCCCAUUUCCCACUACGAAGGCCGGUAGCAAAAAAAAGCACAUCCAACUUCAGCUGGGAGGAAUCUUGUGCAUUUCGUUCACUAUUUGCAACCUUCAAGCCCCAAAUCCAGCCUUUUAAUAGGGAACCCUCUCGCCUGCCUCGCGAGUGUUGGGAUUUUCAUGAAGAUUCCGCCACAUCCCAGAGGCGGACGUCAGUCCAACAGCUGGAAGGGAAGUGAGGUAUAAGGAACUGCAUCCCCUGCCUGGUUGAGCUUGUGGCAUCUUAACCUUUAAAGUCCUUGUACCUAUGGGACCGCCUCUCCUGGUCUGCCCCGCGGAGGACCUUAAGGUCCACAAAUGACAACACUUUGGAGGUCCCAAGUCGCAAGGUGGUUAGAUGGGUCUCAACUAGGGCCAGGGCCUUUUCAGUACUGGCCCCGACUUGGUGGAACGCUCCGUCACAAGAGACUAAGGCUCUGCGGGACUUGACAUCUUUCCGCAGGGCCUGCAAGACAGGAGCUGUUCCACCUGGCCUUUGGUUUGGACUCACUCUGACCCUUAUGUUUCCCUCCCCUUAUGGUUUUGAUCUAUGGGCUACUAUUAAAAUGAGGCUGCAUUUUAAAUUGUAUUUUAACCUGUAUUUUAAAUUCCCCACCCACCCCCAUUAUGUUUUUACUGUGAUUUUAUUGGUGUUAGCUGCCCUGAGCCCGGCUCUGGCUGGGGAGGGCAGGGUAUAAAUAAAAUUUAUUAUUAUUAUUAUUUUAUUUUAUAUCAGAAUGGAUCAGAAACUAGCCAAGCUAUCUAGCCCCCUCCCCAAAUCUAGUAUGUAUCUCACCUUACUUUUUAGCCAGACCAAAUUUGUAAAGGGAGCACAACUUUUUUAUUAUUAUUAUUAUUAUUAUUAUUAUUAUUAUAUUUGCAACGUUCAAGCCCAGAAUCCAGCCUUUUAAUAAGGAACCCUCUCACCCGCCUCACGAGUGUUGGGAUUUCCGUGAAGAUUCCGCCACAUCCCAGCAGCGGACGUCAGUCCAACAGCUGGAAGGGAAGUGAGGCAUAAGGAACUGCAUCCCUUGCCUGGUUGAGCUUGUGGCAUCUUAACUCUGCUUUUUGUUUGAUUUCCCACCCUAGACAUGUGGCUAUGGGAAAGGACUGGGGAUGAUUUGCAAGCCUUGCUCUGCGGGAACCUUCUCUCCCAGCUACGGGCUGGAAUUCUGCUCACUGCAUACCCACUGCGAAGCCAAAAGGAGGGUUCAUGCCAGCCCUGGAACAGCCGCGGCGGACACCUUGUGCGGGGACUGCAUGCCCGGGUAACGCCGCUUAUUGCUUUUACUGUCUGUUCUCUUGCAGGGCAGACACACCUGCGCCAAACCCUCCCACUCUGGGGGCAGCGGAGCACCUCUCCGGCAAACACGGAGCCUUGUACGGAGAAUCAGUUGGCAACACACCUCCCUGUCGGAAUAUAAAGUUUUGCACGAAUGUGAAAUGGUGGCAGGAUUGGGAUUUGAACUUACCGUAUUUUUCGCUCCAUAAGAUGCACUUUUUUCUUCCAAAAAUGUAGGGGGAAAUGUCUGCGCGUCUUACGGAGCGAAUGCACGGUCCCUGGAGCCGAAUUGCCCAGGGGCGAAAAGCAGAUCAUGGUUUGUUUGUCUUCUGAAAGAGGGAAGGGGGUGUUGAAAGGAAGCCGCUGAUCGCAAGCAUUCGGGAGGGAGAUAAGGGAGGCUAGCAAUAAAGGAGGCUGCCUGGGAGGGGGGAGGUAAAGACAGCGAACUUGCAAGGAGAGGAGACAGGAAGACGAAAGCAAUGAGGAGAGAAGAAAAGGAGGAGCAAAAAACUGCUCCAGCUAAGGAAAAGACACCAAGGCAAACAAGAGGGAAGGGAGUGUUGAAAGGAAGCAGCUGAUCAGUGGGAUCGGGAGAGAGAUAAGGGAUGCUAGAGAUAAAGGAGGCUGUCUGGGAGGGGGGAGGUAAAAGCCCAUGGAUCCUCAGGAUUUUAACAUUGGGUCACCCCAAACACGCACGUAUCCUGCAAGGAACCACCGUGCGUUGCUAAGGAUUUGGGGCAAGAGGAGGGGAGAGCAUUGCAGGGCAAUUGUUGAGUUGAGCAUGCAUGCGUUUUUCCAUGUGGCUCUGCAUUGUGGAGGAAAGCUGGCAACCGGGCGUUGAAGCAAUCUUCCCUGAAAAUUAUGACCGUCAGUCGCCUUGUCGAGAAACCACAAGAGGCCGUGACGACCACACAGCUUGUUUAAGCGUUUUGUUAAACUGUGAAACCUGCUCUCAUGCGAGGCAGGGAUGGCUGCCAGCCUAGAUGGCUUUAAAAAGAGGAUUAGACAAACUCACAGAGGAGGCUGCUCUUGAUGGCUACCAGCCAGGAAGCCGAUGCUUUUUGCCUUCACAGCUGGGAGGCAGCAAUGCUUGAAUUGCUGGAAGCCGCAGGAAAGGACAGUUGCUCUUGCGCUCAGCUGCUGCUGCUUGCUGGUUUUCCACAAGUCUUUGUUUGGCCACCGUUAGAACAGGAUUGCGGGGCUAGAUGGGCUAUUGGCCGGAUCCAGCAAUCUCUUCUUACGUUUUUAGCAACAGCUGAUUGACGCAGCCCCUGGAUCUGUUUUUAUUUAGCCCUUGAUGGUCUUGCUAAGCCUGUUUGCAACCCUCAUACAGUCAUACCUCUUGUUACAUUCAGUUCAGGUUACACUCUUUCAGGAUACGUCCUGCGGCGACCCGGAAGUAACAGAAUGGGUUACUUCCGGGUUCUGUCACUCGCGCAUGUGCAGAUGCUCAAAAUGACAUCAUGCGCAGAAGCGGCGAAUCGCGGCAUGCGCAGGCGUGGGUUGCGUUCUGCUCAUGUUGUGAACGGGGCUCCGGAACGGAUCCCGUUCGCAACCAGAGGUACUGCUGUACUUCUGUCGUGACUUAACUCUUGCCUGUGUUUUCUAUGGAAAUGUCCAUAUUCAUAUUCAUUCUGUGCAAAUGUCCAUAUUCGUUUCCAAGCACAAUUCAAAGUGUUGGUGCAGACCUUUAAAGCCCUAAAUGGCCUCGGUCCUGUAUACCUGAAGGAGCAUCUCCACCCCCAUCGUUCAGCCCAGACACUGAGGGCCUUUUGGCGGUUCCCUCCCUGCGAGAAGUGAGAUUACAGGGAACCAGGCAGAGGGCCUUCUCAGUGGUGGCACCCUCCCUGUGGAACGCCCUCCAUCAGAUGUCAAGGAAACAAACAACCACCUCACUUUUAGAAGACAUCUGAAGGCAGCCCUGUUUAGGGAAGUUUUUAAUGUUUGAUGUUUUAUUGUGUUUUUAAUAUUCUGUUGGGAGCCGCCCAGAGUGGCUGGGGAAACCCAGCCAGAUUGGUGGCGUAUUGUUAUUAAUAUUAUUAUUAGUUGUGCAGUGCCUGAGUAGUAGCAAUAAUAAUAAUAAUUUUUAUUUAUACCCCACCCUCCCCAGCCAAGACCGGGCUCAGGGCAGCUAACAGCAAAUAUAAAAACAAUUGAUUGAAAUACAGCUUAAAAAACAACAUUAAAAUACAACAUUAAAACAUUAAAGCGCAGCCUCAUUUCAGUGGAAACUCCAUAUGCUCCAUAUGGAGUACAUAUGCUCCAAAAGCCAUGAGGAUCUUAAACUUCCUAAUUCACCCGGGAGCCAACCAUUCCCAGCUUGUCUCACGUUCUUAUAUUCUUAAACCUGUAAUAAGUUUCCAAAGAGCCCAGGUCGAGAAAUCAGCGCUGCAGAUUGUACAGCAGGCCGGGCUGGUGGGUAGAGGACCCUCCGAUACCCCAGGGCUUAGUGGCCUGCUAUUCAGUCCAGCCUCAAUGCGCAACAUUCCUGGGGGAGGUCAGCUGACGCCGAUAAGAAUCGCAGGAAUCCAGGCAGAGAGGGGUGUGAGUGCACAAGGAGGUCUCAAUGCAAUUGAUACCACAGCAGUGCUGAAGUUCAAAUAGGCAGGGACUCAUCAGUUCCUGCGAUGGCUUGGGGCAUUUCAAGCAAGAAUCAGAGAGGGAAGAAUAUUUUUAGAAGGGUUGCAAACUGGGCUUCUGCCCCCCCCCCCACUGUAUAGCCCCAUUUUCAGAGCAAUUAUUCUUUUGGAAGAGGGACUGCAUCCCUGUUGGACAGUACUUGAUGUGUUGAGUGUCAGAGAAAGGUAGCAAGCACAGGUGUGCAUAAUUUUGUGGCUCUGGUGUGCCUGGGCUGGAAGUCGGGACGGGACAGAAAUCCGCUUCACUUUUAAAAGGCAUACAGUGGUACCUCAGGUUAAGUACUUAAUUUGUUCCGGAGGUCCGUUCUUGACCUGAAACUGUACUUAACCUGAGGUACCGCUUUAGCUAACCACUUUAGCGAUUUCUGUUCUCAUCCUGAAGCAAAGUUCUCAACCCGAGGUACUAUUUCUGGGUUAGCGGAGUCCGUAACCUGAAGCGUCUGUAACCUGAAGCGUCUGUAACCCGAGGUACCACUGUACUUGCUAAAUUCACACCUCUUCAGACUUUGCCUGCAUCGAAACACCGCUGUCUCUUGAAAUUUGCACUUUCUCCUAAUUUUCCAGUGCGUUUUUCCAGCCCAGUAAUGUGAAUGAAAAUGCAUGUUCUAGGGUGCAGUGUGCGUGGACUGCGUCUCUUAGUGAAAACGGCGUCCAAAAAAACCACAGAGAGAGAGAGUGAAUGAGAAGUGCUUGCAAAAAUGUGUAUUCUGGGCCAAUUUUGCAAUAAUGAGAACAGGAGCAGGGGGAGAAAGCAAGCUGAAUGAGUAGAACUGAGAAAAGGAGAGACCAGUAUUGAGAUGUUCCCAUUCCUAGCCGGAAAUGCUAUCAGGGUUGGGGACACCUGAAAGUUUACGAUCGCCCGCGAAGGGAGUCCUUGUGGAGAGGCAGCAAAGCACCAGUUCCGAAAUGCCGCAGUCUGCAAAACUGCGUACCAGGAAGAGCCGGAAUCCCAACAUCUUGACGGGAAACCAGUGAGGAGGAAGUGAUGGGGCAGGAACCAGUGAUUCAUCGCCAGCUCUUGGCUGAACUCAGCCUGCUGUGAUUAAGGGAGGAGGGAGAAACUAGUUGACCCCUUAGUCACGUUUUUUUGCUCACUCCGGGCUGCUGAUUAAUCCAAAUUCCCCCCGUCGAUUUUGCAGAGAGUGGAAAAGGAGAUUCCCGCCACCCUUGCCUUUUCCCUUAUCUUCUAGCAUUUUCAGUGGGAUUUUUCCCUCUGUCCCCCAGUGCAGCAGAAGAUUUUGCACCUCUUUUAGCCACACUGGAGUCCUGCGAAGACUUUGCACCUCUUUUAGCAGUUAUCGGAUGGGACUUAUGGGAUACUUUUGUGUUGCUGUGACUUAUAAGUGCAGCAGCAGAAGAUAAAGUGAGGAUAAUGGCAACCAGCGCCGGAUUUAGGUUCGAUGAGGCCCUCAGCUACUGAAGGUAAAGGGCCCUUUAUAUGUCCAGCUGUCCUUUGUCAACAACAAAUUGUCACUGUUUUUGUUGUUGUUGUUGAACAUAUGCUGUGUGGUAAUUAAUAUCAAAUUGUCUUAAGUGAAAGCAGCUAAGAAAUUUCAACGUCUGGAGGGGACCUGCUAGGAAUCUUUGUCCUGGUGGGAUACGCCAGUGUCUCUGGAGUAUCUCUGAGAUACCAGCCUUUAACCUGAUCAUCUCUCUUCUUCCCAUCCACAGAUAUUAUAGCCCUGAAGGUGAGACAGACCCAAACGCCACCUGCCUGCCUUGUUUGUCUGCCCCCAAAGGCCUCCCAGGAUGCUCAGGUGAGAGCAAAAGAUGGCUGAGGUGCAAAAAGGGAACGUUUUAUUUCCAUUCAAGCUGGAGAGGGAAGGAGCUGGCUGGGCGUGGUCUGCAGGUUAGGUUGUCUUGCCAAAGUGAAGCAGCUCAGGGCCCGGGUGGGAGAUCCCCUGGGUUACCUUCAGUUCUUUGAUGGACGACUUGGAACCAAGUGACAUAAAAGAUGCUCUCCUCAGAAACUGUGCUCCUCAGGUGUGGCACUGCUGAGAGUACCAGGUUCCCCAGAGGUGCGCUUAGCUUGUCCUAGAAAAGAGGCUUUUAGUGUUGCAGCUCCAGCCCUCUGGAAUCAUUUGCCAGCUGGAAUAAGACAAGCGCCUCACAUUGUGAUAUUUAGCAACCUCCGGAAGAUGGUUUUGUUUAAAAAGGCUUUCCCUGAAGUGUGAGCCAGUCGUUGGAUGGGGGAUUGCAAGUUGAGAUUCCUGCAUUGCAGGGGGUUGGAAAUAAUAAUAAUAAUAAUAAUUAUUAUUAUUAUUAUUAUUAUUAUUAUUAUUAUUAUUAUUAUUUUAUACCCCACCAUCUGGCUGGGCUUCCCCAGCCACUCUGGGCGGCUUCCAACAGAUUAUUAAAAUAAUACAGUAAUGCAUCAAACAUUAAAAGCUUCCCUAAACAGGGCUGCCUUCAGGUGUCUUCUAAAAGUCUGGUAGUUGUUCUCUUUGACAUCUAGAUGACCCUUGGGGUAUUUUCCAACUUGACGAUUCUAUGAUUUUAUGCAAUGGGAUAAAAUUGUAGAAAUAGUUCCUCCACUUUUCAUUCAUUGAAUUUGUAAUCUUUUGCAUUUUAUCUUGUAUACCACGGUGGUAGCUCUGUUUACAAAAUCUCCAAAGCAAUAAAUGAAAUGUAAAGGGCAAAGUAAAGGUAAAGAGACCCCUGACCAUUAGGUCCAGUCGUGACCGACUCUGGGGUUGCGGCGCUCAUCUCGCUUUAUUGGCCGAGGGAGCCGGCAUACAGCUUCCGUGUCAUGUGGCCAGCAUGGCUAAGCCGCUUCUGGCGAAACCAGAGCAGCGCACGGAAACGCCGUUUACCUUCCCGCCGGAGCGGUACCUAUUUAUCUACUUGCACUUUGAUGUGCUUUCGAACUGCUAGGUUGGCAGGAGCAGGGACUGAGCAACGGGAGCUCACCCUGUCACGGGGAUUCGAACCGCCGACCAGUGGCGUAGCGUGGGGGGUUCAGGGGGGGCCGGCCGCACCGGGCGCAACAUCUGGGGGGGCGCUCGCACUCGCAGCUCUCUGCCCCCUGCUAAAAUCCACGGGUUAGGGUGCGCAAAUUACUUGCCUUGCCCCGGGUGCUGACAACCCACGCUACGCCACUGCCGCCGACCUUCUGAUUGGCAAGUCCUGGGCUCUGUGGUUUAACCCACAGCGCCACCCGCGUCCCCUAAAGGGCAGAGUACAAGCGUACUAAUAAAUAUUACGGCAGUUGAAAGAGCCUCAGAGUCUGGAACUUCAUAGGGAGAGGCAAGAAAUGCGACUUGACUGCUGCUCCUUUCUUAUUCUCUUCCUGGGAAAGUUGAGUUGCGUUGAAAUGUGGUGCGUGAUGUCAUUGCCCCAGAUGCUCCCUUCCCCAUGUGAGUGGCAGUGGGAGAAUAUUCCAUGCAGUGAUACCAUGUCAUGACUUGCCUUAAUGUGACAUGUUAAUGUUACUGGGACAAAUAUAUUUAUUUAAAAAUAAAAACCCAAGUGUCCCAGGAUAGAGUUGCUAAAUUUCUGGUUCUUGUCUAUUUCUCUCUGAUUAUUAUUUUUCUAUAUUAUCAUUAGCUGCCCUCCACCCUCUGAUCCCAGGGUGGAGUACCACAGUUCAAAAUACAUCAUCGGAAACCGUUUAAAACAAAUUAGAAUCACGAAAACAGGGCAGGUCCUAAAAACAGUCAACAGGGUGUAUAUAACAGCGCACUGAGUGGAACUUGAUGGCUUGUGAAGGAUUAAUUACAACCUGGUAUUCUCUCUUGUGUCACACGAAGAAAAGUUGAUUAUAGUGAAUCAUGCUAAUUCUCUUUGGCUUGUGGGUACACCUUUGGUACACCUCAGCGUGUCUCAGUGCAUGUGCAAACCUUGGGAUUUCCUGGGUGGGUCUGAGAGAUUUUUUGAAACCUGUGUCUCUUUCAAAUCGGAACCUGUGAAGGCGGUGAAGGUCCUGUGUGAGUGUCUGGAGGCGGUUGGAGGAUGGAUGGCGGUUAACAGAUUGAGGUUGAAUCCUGACAAGACAGAAGUACUGUUUUGGGGGGACAGGAGGUGGGUGUGGGGGACUCCCUGGUCCUGAAUGGGGUAACUUUGCUCCCAGGUGUGCAGCCUGGGAGUCAUUUUGGACUGUCCAUGGACUGUUCACAGCUGUCCAUGGCGGCGCCAUAAGCUCCAUCUAGUACGCAGGCUGAGCCCCUAUCUGCCCGCAGUCUGUCUCGCCAGAGUGGUGCAUGCUCUAGUUAUCUCCCACUUGGACUACUGCAAUGCGCUCUAAGUGGGGCUACCUUUGAAGGUGACCCAGAAACUACAACUAAUCCAGAAUGCGGCAGCUAGACUGGUGACUGGGAGCGGCCGUCGAGACCACAUAACACUGGUCCUGAAAGACCUACAUUGGCUCCCAGUAUGUUUCCGAGCACAAUUCAAAGUGUUGGUGCUGACCUUGAAAGCCCUAAACGGCCUCGGCCCAGUAUACCUGAAGGAGUGUCUCCACCUCCAUAGUUCUGCCCGGACACUGAGGUCCAGCGCCAAGGGCCUUCUGGUGGUUCCCUGGUUGCAAGAAGCCAAGUUACAGGGAAUCAGGCAGAGGGCCUUCUUGGUAGUGGCACCCGCCCUGUGCAACGCCCUCCCACCAGAUGUCAAAGAGAAAAAUAACUACCAAACUUUUAGAAGACAUCUGAAGGCAGCCCUGCUUAGGGAAGCUUUGAAUGUUUAAUAGGUUAUUGUAUUUUAGUGUUUUGCUAGAAGCCGCCCAGAGUGGCUAGGGAAACCCAGCCAGAUGGGCAGGGUAUAAAUAAUAAAUUAUUAUUAUUAUUAUUAUUAUUAUUAUUAUUAUUAUUAUUAUUUAUUACUCUGAACAAGGUGGUGUAGAAAGGCAGGAAAUUCCAACCCCUGGGAUUCCCAAUUCCACCUCUGUGUAGUCUGGCUGUAAAAUACCAGAACAGGUCCGAGGGGCGCAUUGCGGUUCCUUACAACACGAGGUGCGAAAGCAUCACGGCUAGUCAGACAUAGGUUGCAACAGGAAUUUCUGCAGGGCAGAUCGUGGCAAUAAUUGCUGAUACCCAAAUGUUGAAAAACUCGUGGUUGAGUCAUCCGUCAGGCAUGCCUGUGUGGCAAAGGCAGGUUGUAAAAUUCUGCCACAAGCAUGCAUUCUAAUGAACACCCAGAAAUGAUCUCCAGGUGAAAUGUGGAUUUUGUUUUAAGUAAGAACAACCAGGAUGUGAUAUCAAAGGGUGUUUUAAUUUGAUUGCACGCCCUGUGCCGUUAACACCACUGCUUUGCUUCCAGAUGCCUAAAAGGCAUUUGACACAAUGGAAUGGGCUUGGUUGUUUUUAUGUUGUCAACCGCUCUGUGACCUUCAGAUGAAGGGCAGCAUAUAAGUUUGAUAAAUAAUAAAAUAAAGUAAAUAAUAAUAAAGCCUUUGAGUGUCUCGGCUUAAAGAGAGGGGACCCAUGAAGGUCAGCUGUGCUUUCAAAGCCUACUGUAAGUGAGCAUCAAGGAAAAGGGAGGAUCUGGGAAUUGCUGGUUUCUUUCCCCAUAAAAUUAAAUGAAAGCUUUUAGAACACAUAUCCAACAAACAACAUAAAAAUACAAUUAUGAAGAAUCUCCUGGACUUCCCUCCUCCCCUUUGUGGGUCCUGUGGUUCUUGCAUCUUUUGUGAUUAUCCAAACCUUUUACUUCUCCAUUAUAUCCAAAAUUCACCACUGAACUACAAGUGUUAUUCCAAUCCUACGAACGAUGUUAACCGUUUUCAAUGGUUUGUAAGAUGAAUUAUGAAUUUCCCCCAUUCCUUAUUAAAACUUUGGUCUUCCUGAUUUCUAAUUCUUCCGGUUAUUUUGGUCAUUUCAGCAUAAUCCAUCAACUUAACCUGCCGUUCUUCUCUGGGAAUUGUUGUAGGGAGCUGGAAUGGUAAAGUCCAAAUGCCUGGUUUCCAUUGGGACUGGGAUGGCAGAAGGCGGGGAGCCCAUCAGUUGUUGGAGCUGGAGCCAAGGACAGGGAGGGGGUCACCCCACGGCUGGUGGUACGUUCUGGUUGAUCUCGUGAUGCCACCAACGUCUCCCAAUUCCUUACCCUCUCAGGAUCCAGGAAGUGGCUGACCCGCCUGGCACGCAACGCCGAAGCUCUGCAGAGGCGGGACAACAAGAUGGCUGCCAACGGAACCCGAGAGGGGAAGCCGGAGGAGAGCGCCACCCAGUACGCCGUCUUGGCCAUUGUCCCGGUCUUCUGCGUGAUGGGCCUGCUAGGCAUCCUCUUCUGCAACCUGUUGAUGAAGAAAGGCUAUCACUGCACCGCCCACAAGGACACGGACGAGGAGGGGGCCAAAUCCGAGAGGAACGGUGAGCCAGGGCAGGGCCAGGGUGGGAUGUGAGCUCUUCUGGAUUAUGAUCAGGAAAUCUCCAUUGGCGCUCCCUGUAUUUCAAAUCAUCACAUUUUGCAAGCGGUGCGGAGUGCACUUUUCAGGGAGCUAUUAAGGCAAUAGAGUAAUUUUUGUUUGUUUGUUUAUUAUUUGUACCCUGCCCAUCUGGCCGGGCCUCCCCAGCCACUCUGGGCAGCUCCCAACAGAAUAUAACAAACACGAUAAAACAUCAAACAUUAAAAACUUCCCUAAACAGGGCUGCCUUCAGAUGUUUUCUAAAAGUCAAAUAGUUGUUUAUUUCCUUGACAUGUGAUGAUAGGGCGUUCCACAGGGCGGGCACCACCACCGAGAAGGCCCUCUGCCUGGUUAUUAUUCAAGGUAUAAUAAUUCCUUUUAAUUCUGCUUCCAAACUGUUAUUCAAUCCAGUUACAAUCCAAUCUUAAUAAUAAUCCCUUAUACAACAGCUACCGUGUUCUAACUUCAAUUUGUGUUGACACAUUUAAUAACUUAUGAUCCGCAAAUGAAGUUCUCCUUUCUUCUUCCUGUGUGUUGUAUCACCUCUUAGAGGACAAAUGCCAGCUCGCUCGGCCUGAAAGCAAGAUGAGUGCCACAACCCCAUAGUCACCUUUGACUGGACUUAACUGUCCAUGGGUCCUUUAAAAAAGGUAAAGGUACCCCUGACCAUUAUGUCCAGUCGUGGACAACUCUGGGGUUGUGCGCUCAUCUCGCUCUAUAGGCCGAGGGAGCAGACGUUUGUUCGCAGACAGCUUCCAGGUCAUGUGGGCAACAUGACUAAGCCGCUUCUGGCGAACCAGAGCAGCGCACGGAAACGCCGUUUACCUUCCCGCUGCAGCAGUACCUAUUUAUCUACUUGCACUGGUGUGCUUUCGAACUGCUAGGUUGGCAGGAGCUGGGACUGAGCAAUGGGAGCUCACCUCGUCGCGGGGAUUCAAACUGUUGACCUUCCAAUCAGCAAGUCCUAGGCUCAGUGGUUUGGACCACAGCGCCACCCGUGUCCCCCGGGGUCCUUUACCUUUACCUAUUAUGGCGUCAGUGAACUGUUGCAGAAUAGACCCACAACAGAGCACCAACUUCCUGUGCAGUAAAACAAGAAAGCGAGGCGCAGGUCUCAGGAACUCUUUUGCUGAGACCUCGGAGGGUCAUUGCUGGAGCAGAUUGUACACUUGCGGCUAGAUGAGCUGGCUCGAUGCAAGAGGGCUGUAUCCGUUUCCUUCUGGUGUAGCAAGAAGGACAGGCUGCAUGCUCAUCUUGGGUGAAGAUCCUGCACCCUUCUUCCUAGACAUUGCUUAAAAGCAGUUCUGCCCUUGGCUGCGAAGUCUGCCAGCGGCAGAGCUUUUGUGGUGCAUCACCUAUUCAAGGCACGUGCCCGUUCUGAAGGCGUUGGUCGUAUCGGGGAGUGUCCAUUUGCUUCUUUAAAGCUGUCAUCUGUACAAACAGUCAUAAUCUCCUUUGUGCUCUUUGUUGUGUGUUGGUCGCUCCUGCUGUGCUUGUUCUACUCUGCCUAUGGGCAGGGUAGAAAGACUCAGCCAAAGAAAGGCUGCCAAGAUAGGGCUGGAUUUAGGUUUGAUGAGGCCCUAAGCUACUGGAGGUAAUGGGGCCCUUUAUAUGUCCAGCUGUCCUUUGUCAACAACAAAUUGUCACUGUUUUUUGCGUUGAAUAUAUGCUAUAUGGUAACUUAUGGACCUGAUAGGUAACUGAAGCCAUUUGCACAUGUUGCCAUGCAGCCAGUCCGUGCAGAAUGGAGGCACCCUAUACAGUGGUACCUCGGUUUACCAACUUAAUCUGUUCGUGAAGUCCGUUCUUAAACCAAAUCCAUUCUUUCCCUAAUGAGGCCUCCCGCCACCAGUGCCCUUCCACUGUUCAGCUUCCGUUUGUUAUUGUUGUUGUUGUUUAGUCGUGUCCGACUCUUCAUGCCCCCCUGGACCAGAGCACGCCAGGCACUCCUGUCUUCCACUGUCUCCUGCAGUUUGGUCAAACUCAUGCUGGUAGCUUCGAGAACACUGUCCAACCAUCUCGUCCUCUGUCGUCCCCUUCUCCUUGUGCCCUCAAUCUUUCCCAACAUCAGGGUCUUUUCCAGGGAGUCUUCUCUUCUCAUGAGGUGGCCAAAGUCUUGGAGCCUCAGCUUCAGGAUCUGUCCUUCCAGUCAGCACUCAGGGCUGAUUUCCUUCAGAAUGGAGCGGUUUGAUCUUCUUGCAGUCCAUGGGACUCUCAAGAGUCUCCUCCAGCACCAGAAUUCAAAAGCAUCCAUUCUUCGGCGAUCAGCCUUCUUUAUGGUCCAGCUCUCACUUCCAUACAUCACUACUGGGAAAACCAUAGCUUUAACUAGACGGACCUUUGUUGGCAAGGUGAUAUCUCUGCUUUUUAAGAUGCUGUCUAGGUUUGUCAUUGCUUUUCUCCCAAGAAGCAGACGUCUUUUAAUUUUGUGACUGCUAUCACCGUCUUCCGUUCGUAGACCGAGGUAAAGUUCACAAACCGGAACACUACUUCCGGUUUUGCGGAGUUCGUAAACCGAACAGUUCGUAAACAGGACUGUUUGUAAACCGAGGUACCACUGUAUAUAGAAAUGAGCAAACCAGUGAUAUUUUAGGGAGCAGGCUAGCAGGCAGGGCCCAUGACUUAUUGUAUCUUUCGCUCUAUAAGACGCACCAGACCACAAGACACACCUAGUUUUUGGAGGAGGAAAACAAGAAAAAAAAUAUUCUGAAUCUCAGAAGCCAGAACAGCAAGAGGGAUCGCUGCGCAGUGAAAGCAGCGAUCCCUCUUGCUGUUCUGGCUUCUGGGAUAGCUGUGCAGCCUGCAUUCGCUCCAUAAGACGCACACACAUUUCCCCUUACCUUUCAGGAGGGAAAAAGUGAGUCUUAUAGAGCAAAACAGUACAUCAUAGGAGCCUACACAACACAAAACUCUGUUUCUGUAUGUAGGUUUUAUUUGUUUUUUAUCUUAUAUUUUGGAAAUUUACAUCCCGUUUCCCUUUAAUUUUUUUUGGGGGGGGGCCAAGAGAGCUUGUUUUGCUUAUACAUAAAUCUGGCACUGGCCACGUGCCACCACAGCCAGCAUUGCUGCCUCAGGGGAGGAAGAGAGUGUCAGAGGAAGAGGAUUUGGCCAAGGGGGAAGCACAGAUUUCACUGGCAAGGCUGCAGCUGUGAGACCGGGAACCCUGCGCAUAAGUCCAUCCCCACUAUGAGGUCAUUGUUGACUCAGGAAGGUCCUAAGGAGUUGCUGGGCUCCUGAACUCCACCACAGCAUCUCCAGAAAUUGUCCCCCUCCCUCUUGUAUUACCAGCAACAAGGAGGCUAUUAAAUUCAAAUCACAAAACCUUUGCUCACAAUUUUGGGGCAAAGCUUGUGUUAAGCCAAGUAGCAUUACUCAAGAGUGAAACAUAACUGCAAUGAGGGUGUUUCUUUGUUUCAUAGCAAAUACAUAAAGAUGGGACACAUCGGAGCUAGGCUUUUAUUAUUUCUAUUUAUGGUAAAAAGAAACAACUAACCUCAAGGCAGUUUACAGAAGAAGAAAGACAAAACAAUAAAGUUAUCAAGAAGAAGAAGAAAACGACACUAAUUUCGAAAAGUUAAAAUAGCAGAUUAAAACUCACAUAAACUUUCUAAACAUCUGGGUAGACUUUUCUAAACAGGAAUGCUUUCAGCAGCUGUCAAAAAUAGUACAGCAAAGGCACCUGAGAUCAAUAGGCAGGGCGUUCCAGAGUUUUAGGUGCUGCCACACUAAAAGACCAAGUUCCUACAAAUGUGGGACAGGUAUGUGGCACCUGCAUUGGUGCCAGUUGCUCUGACAGAAGCAAUUGAGAGGGCAUAUAUUGUAUGGUUGCCGGACAUAUGGCAGCCCAUGUUUGCAGUGUAGAUUUUGGCGAUGUUCAUUUAAAAUACAGUGGAACCACAGGUUGUGAACGUGAUCCGUGCAGGGGGCACGUUCACAACCCACAGUACCACCUCUGCACACGCACAUGACGUGAUUCGGCGCUUCUGCGCAUGUGCAAAGAGCGAUUUAGCACUUCUGCACAUGUGCGGGCGCCGGAAGUAACCUGAAAACGUGUAACCCACCGCAACAAAACAACAGGAGUGCGUCUAUUGUGAAUUUGACUUGUAUCUCUCUCAGGUCACGCUCCUGAGAUUUAAAUCCUGCCUGUGAGUCAUUUUAAUAAACCAUCUUGAUCAUUUAUUUUCAUCCGUCCCUUCUAUUAAAAGUACCCAAAGCGGCGUAGCAUCUAAUAAUAAAGCCGUGUCAUAUAAUCGAGAACAGUGUAAGUACAAUUAAGAAAGCAGUUUCUGCAGUCUCUAACCGAGAAUGCAUAAUAAUAUGCAGUCACCAUUUGUUUUUUAAGCAGAUAUGCCUCCUAGCAGAAAGGACAAGGGAUGUUACACUUUGAAACUGCCAGCAAUAAAACCAGGGGUGUUAGGCACUCUGUGAACAUAAAAAUGCCUUCGGUUUCUGGUGUAGGAGACGCAAAAAGGAGUCUGGUUCACGUCAGUCUGAGGCAUUCCAGAGCAGAAGCACCACCACAGAAAAGGGGUUUUUCUCUCUCUCCGUCUUGGCUUAAUUUACAUCACAGGGUGGUUGUAAGGGAGGAGGUGAAACUGGUUUGGCAGUAUGGGGUAUUCCAGAGCCCAUAUAGAGUCCUUAAGUGCGUUGCCUGUCAGCAGGCACGGGUUGCGAUUCGGUGCUUCUGCCCAUGAACGACCGCCGAAACCCGGAAGCAACCCAUUCUGGUACUUCCAGGUUUUGGCGGUCCGUAACCCAAAAAAACGCAGCCUGAAGCGUCUGUAACCCGAGGUAUGACUGUAUUUACACCUCCAUGUCAGUCUGUUAUCCACAUUUGUUAUCUGUCUAAAAUGCCCAUAGUCUUUGUUACUUUACAAGUGAGAUUAAAAUCCUGCUAAUGUUCUCAUCUGCUUACAAUGGUCUCCUGAACAGAUUAUAUUUUCCCCCAAUAAUAAUAAUAAUAAACUACUACAUAAAUAAGGGACGUGGGUGGCGCUGUGGGUUAAACCACAGAGCCUAGGGUUUACCAAUCGGAAGGUUGGCAGUUCGAAUCCCUGCGACGGGGAGAGCUCCCGUUGCUCGUCCCUGCUCCUGCCAACCUAGCAGCUAGAAAGCACGUCAAAUUGCAAGUAGAUAAAUAGGCACCGCUCUGGCGGGAAGGUAAACGGCGUUUUCGUGCGCUGCUCUGGUUCGCCAGAAGUGGCUUAGUCCUGCUGGCCACAUGACCCGGAAGCUCCCUCGGCCAGUAAAGCGAAAUGAGCGCCACAACCCCAGAGUCGUCCGCGACUGGACCUAAUCAGGGGUCCCUUUACCUUUUACUGCAUAAAUGACCAAACAGGUAAAUAAAAACAACUGAAUAAAAACAACUGAAGCCAGUGCCACUGUAUUUGCCAAGUCAGCUUGUGGGCCAAAAUUCUGCGUAAAAAGAUAUUCUGUAAAUAAAAAUGUUAUCGCUGCACAAAGUACAAAUGAGCCUUGCUGUAGUUCCAGGGACUGAUUUGCUUUACCUACCUUUUUGACUCCGCUGGCUUCAGAGCAGGUCAGCAAAGCCAGGGAGAGCGUUUUUCAUCCUGCCGUCCUUUUCUCCUUAGGGAAUAGUCCUGCCUACAGAAUAGAAGAUGCCAACGAAGACACCAUUGGGGUUCUGGUGCGUCUGAUCACGGAGAAGAAAGGUGAGCCUUGCGCAGGAAAGAGGGGGGCCGGGAACCUUUGCUUUAUCUGUUUGUUAUGGGUGGUCAAAGUCCCUCUGCCUUGAGCCACGUUCAUUGGCAAGCUCAGUGAAUGUUCAGGGUGGCAGGAGAGGAUAAGGUAAAGGGACCCCUGACCGUUAGUUCCAGUCGUGACCGACUCUGGGGUUGCAGCGCUCAUCUUGCUUUAUUGGCCGAGGGAGCCAGCGUACAGUGUACAUGUGGCCAGCAUGACUAAGCCGCUUCUGGCGAACCAGAGCAGCGCAUGGAAAUGCUGUUUACCUUCCCGCCAGAAUGGUACCUAUUUAUCUACUUACACUGGCGUGCUUUCGAAGUGCUAGGUGGGCAGGAGCAGGGACUGAGCAAUGGGAGCUCACCCGGUCGCAGGGAUUCGAACCGCUGACCUUCUGAUCGGCAAGUCCUAGGCUCUGUGGUUUAACCCACAGCACCACCCGCGUCCCUAGGAGAGGAUAUAUUGCUUAUUAAUAUCCUUCCCAACUUGCGCCAGCAAGUUCCUUUACUUAGCAGAGCUUACAUUCCCCUUUACACAGCAGAAAACUUGUUACAAGUCUUUACAGAAGAUUGGAAGAAGUAUAUGAAUUAUUUGAAGAGCAACUGUAAUCAACAAAUUACGCUAGUAGGACUACAAGAAGGAGAAAUAGACGAAGUGUUACAAAGUAGAAAAAGAUUGAGAUAUUGGUUAUGAGUUUGAAAUGUUAUAAGGAAAAUAAGAAAUGCAUACUAAGAGAUUAGAUUGGAAAAUUUUCAGACAGGAUCGAUGGAAGUCAAAAAUCUGAAUAAGAUGUAAAAGUAUGUUUAAUUACUGUUGAAAAUAAUAUGUUAAAAAAAACUAAUAAAAAGUUAUAUUUAAAAAGAAAAUAAAAAAGAAAACUUGUUGCAAACUCGUGUGAGUUUCUUAAGACAAUACGCAAUUCAGUCUGGCUUGCCCAGGUUGAAAUGCGUUAUAAUAUUUUCCUGGUAAGACCCCUUGAAUCCCUCCUGAAAGAAUAAAGACACCACAGUCUUACUCGUAAGUAACAAAAAGAAAGUUUACUUGGGAUCAGGCAGAGCACAGUGAGAUCCCUGAAGGCAGCCUUUAGGCUUAAAGUUACAAGCGUAUGCAAACAGGUUUACCCCAUAAAUGAAGACACCUUAAUGAGGACUAGUGGGCUUGCUAGGCUUCAUGUUGCACCAAUGACUCUCUUCCUCCUCCUUUUUCGCCUCCUGUUCAACGGCUCUGCUUUAUUUCCCCUCCCUGUCCCUCUCAUUUGCCGCCGACAGAGAACGCCGCAGUCUUGGAGGAGAUGCUGAAAGAUUAUCACAGCAAGCAGGUCUUGCAGCCCAUCUAUAAGCCCGUCAACAAGUAAGAAGGAUGGCUUUUUCUUUGCUCAAUUGAUCGUUUUAUUACGGCCAUAGACCAGUAGUUUUAAAAAUUAGCUAAAAUACAAAAUUGUAAAAGCAAGAAUGAAUGAAUGAAUGAAACUUUAUUUGCGUCAGCCAUCGCCCACAGCAACAAAAGAACAUUGCGAUAUACAUAGAACAAAAUAAAGAGUUGAUUAUAUAAAAGCAAGAUAUCUGGACCUUUUCCCUCUCCUGCUGCCCCCUAUCAUCGCUCCUCGUUAGAGAAACGGGGCCAUUUAUGUGAACAGUUUGGACUACAAAGAGAUGGCCCCCUAUCUAAAAAGAGAGAAUCACAUAAGCCAUGGCUCGCUCCUCUUUGUGGCUGAGCUAUAAACAGGGAAGUUUUAGUGUUUGACUUUUUAUCGAGUUUUUAAUAUUCUGUUGGGAGCCACCCAGAGUGGCUGGGGAGACCCAGCCAGCUGGGCGGGGUAUAAAUAUUAUUAUUAUUAUGGCUCAUCUUAAACUUUGCUAAAUGUAACUGCAUCUCAAUAAUUUAUUUUUUUCGACUUAAUAUCCUCUGUGUAUUGUUUGCAUGCUUGUGUGUUGGUUUGUAUGUGUCUUGUGAGAGGCUCCCUGGAUGAUAUUAUUAUUAUUAUUAUUAUUAUUAUUAUUACCCAGGGAGCCUCAUGACUGGGGACUAGACUCAGUUCCCCUCUCUGACUGCUUCAUCAUCCUGUAUUUUUAUGGUGUGAACUGCCCAGAGAUCUAUGGAUGAAGGGCGGUAUACAAAUAAUAAUAAUAAUAAUAAUAAUAAUAAUAAUAAUAAUAAUAUUCCUGGUUCUCAACAACCAGAUUCACCCAUUACAUUUUUUGCCCACGAUGCAGCAGAUUGAGGAAUAGAGUGGCACAGACACUGAAAAAGGAUGUAAUAUUAAGCUGAACCUUUUGUUGAACCUCUACGGGACCGCCUCUCCUGGUCUGCUCCGCAGAGGACCUUAAGGACCACGAAUAACCAUAGUUUAGAGGUCCCUGGCCCUAAGGAAGUCAAUUAUCCUCCACCAGGGCCAGGGCCUUCUCAGUGAUGGCUCCAACCUGGUGGAAUUCUCUGUCCCACGAGACCAGGGCCCUUCAGGAUUUAACUUCCUUCCGUCGGGCCUGUAAGACAGAGCUAUUCUGCCUGGCCUUUAAUUUGAAUUCAGCCUGAUCUUUUAUUUCCCUUCUCUUCCCUCCCCCUCCCCUUUUAUGAAGAUCACCCGCACAGCUAAUUCUCCCCUGGCCUCCUCGCUGGCCCAAGUAGGACCAAUUCAGCCAGCUAGCCCUGGUGACUAUCUAAUGCUCUAUUAGAUGGAUUUCCCCCAAAUUGAUUUCUGAACUUUGAAUUUUAUUGUUAUUCAUGGUUUUUUUACUGUAUCUUAUGCUGCUUUUACAAUUAAGUGUUUUAAAUUUGUUGUUAGCUGCCCUGAGCCCGGUUUUUGAACCGGGAAGGGCGGGGUAUAAAUAAAAAAUUAUUACUCUUAUUAAGAGUAAAACCUUAUAAUUGUAGAAACUGAAGGGAAACCCAAAGGUCAUCCAGUCCAACCCCCCUGGCGUGAAGGAGUUGAUGGAGUGAUUCCUGGCAUAACAUGAUCAAGUUGGGUGGUGAACCUGUGGGGUGGCCUUUGAGGGGGUCUCUGUUCUCUCCUCUAACGGUGGUCCUUUCCCCCUCUCACCCCCCUACCCCCACUUAGGCUGCAUCUCCUGCCUCAGUUGCCCCACAUUUGCAGGCACCAGCACCACCUGCACACAGUCCAAGGCUUGGCCACCCGCCCGGGCCCCACCUGCACCCGGUGCAGCCAGAAGAAGUGGCCGGAGGUGCUGCCCUCGGCAGAAGCCACGCCGGCCACCUCCAUCGCUCCUGGCAGCGCCACCGCAAAGCUUGCGAAGCCCGGAGGCAAGGCUGGCAGGCCGGCAGAGAUCACCAUCCUCUCCGUGGGCAGGUGAGUCACGGAACAGGCCGCUCCACGCUCUGCGAUUGUACUUGCAAAGCUCAGGCACUCGGUGUCCCGGAAACUACCGUUUUGUUCGAGUCAAGUUUCUAGUCCUUAAGAUGGCAAAGGCAGGCCUCGAAGCUACAAGGCUCUGCUGCGUUUCCUCCCAAUGGCAGCUCUGAAUUCCCUAAUGCUCGGAUCAGGGCCACCCUCGGGAAAACAACACGGGAACGGGCCUUUUCGGUGGUGGCUCCCUGUCUCUGGAAUGAUCUCCCCAGAACUCAGUAUAAAAAAAUACAUCUAUAUAUCUUUCCUUUCUCCUCCUGCGAUGGAACUCCUAUUUGCGGACUUCCCUGGCUUUUUUCUGGCCCAUGUAGGACCAGUCUGGAAAGUUAGCCUUGGUGGAGACUUGACGUUUUCAUCCCCCAAAACGUUUUUGAUUUGAGUUUCCAUUGAAAUGAGGCUGUGUUUUAAUGUUGUAUUUUAAUCUUGUUUUUAAGUUGUAUGUCAAUCAAUUUGUUUUUGUAUCGGGCGUUAGCCGCCCUGAGCCCGGUCUUGGCUGGGGAGGAUGGGGUAUAAAUGAAAUUUAUUAUUAUUUAUUAUUCUAUAUACACACCAAGCGGGACACGGGUGGCGCUGUGGGUUAAACCACAGAGCCUAGGGCUUGCCAAUCAGAAGGUCGGUGGUUCAAAUCCCUGCGACGGGGUGAGCUCCCGUUGCUCGGUCCCUGCUCCUGCCAACCUAGCAGUUCGAAAGCAGUUCAACGUGCAAGUAGAUUAUUAGGUACCGCUGCGGCGGGAAGGUAAACGGCGUUUCUGUGUGCUGCUCUGGUUCGCCAGAAGCGGCUUAGUCAUGCUGGCCACAUGACCUGGAAGCUGUACGCCGGCUCCCUCGGCCAAUAAAGCGAGAUGAGCGCCGCAACCCCAGAGUCGGCCACGACUGGACCUAAUGGCCAGGGGCCCCUUUAUCUUUACUAUACACACCAAAGGGGCACCAUUGAGGCUCCCAGCCUGUGUGUAUUUACACAAAUAUGCAUGGGUGGGUCUUUGACCAAACUGGGCCAAACUGAGUCUUUGACCCGGGUGAAAUAAAGCCUAUUUUCAACCCCCGGUUCACACAGACAAGGGGCCGCUGACUCUGCUUGCUGCGCUCCCCAGCCCUGCCUUCCCUGGAAAACUGCGGAGCGUGACAACCACCUUACCUUUCUAUGUAUAUAGCACGAUAAGAUACACCAUUUAUAUACGGUAUUUUGUUUUGUGGCCCAGGUUCCGCGUGGCUCGUAUCCCCGAGCAAAAGCCCAGCCCCUCGGAAGUGAAAACCGUUUCGGAGAGCGUGGGGGCCGAGGCCGCUGAGCCACCCUAUGCCUGCCUCGUCCCGGAGGAAAAGCCACUGGUCAGCAACGGAGUGAAGCCGAAAUGGCUUACGACGGCAGAUGGCCGACAAGAGGUGAGUGGGAGAGGCUGGGAAAUCUCGAACACUGAACACACGCUCUCUGGACCGAGGUCCUUAGAGCCUGCGAGGCUCUUUUCUGAGAGAAGCUGGUCUGAUUUAAGGAAAUUUCUGCCCUCCCUUUUGGCAACGAGGAGGAAAAGUCCCUUGAGGCAGCUUCUAGAUUAAAAGGCAGGAACGCAGGAAGCCAAGAAAUACUUUAAAAUGGCUCGAACAGCAGUAGGAGAGGAGCGCAGAAUGACCAGGUCGUUUAAAAAGGGCCGUGACGGAGCAGGAGGGGAAACUAAUAUGAAUUUAGAAUCCUGGUGAAAUUUCCUGUCUAUUUGUGUGUCACUGAUUGAUUGAUUGAUUGAUUGAUGCGUUAUUUAAAGACAUAUCUAUCUUGAAAGAAGCCAACUGAGGUUAUUAUUAUUAUUGUUAUUGUUAUUAUUUAUACCCCGCGCAUCUGGCUGGGUUUCCCCAGCCACUCUGGGUGGCUUCCAACCAAAUAUUAAAAACAAUACAGCGUCAAACAUUAAAAACUUCCCUAAACAGGGCCGCCUUCAGUUGUCUUUUAAAAGUAAAAUAGUUGUUUAUUGCCUUGACAUCUGCUGGGAGGGCGUUCCGGGGGGGGCACAGUUUGUUGUUGUUGUUUAGUCGUUUAGUCGUGUCCGACUCUUCGUGACCCCCUGGACCAGAGCAUGCCAGGCCCUCCUGUCUUCCACUGCCUCCCGCAGUUUGGUCAGACUCAUGCUGGUAGCUUCGAGAACACUGUCCAACCAUCUCGUCCUCUGUCGUCCCCUUCUCCUUGUGCCCUCCAUCUUUCCCAACAUCAGGGUCUUUUCCAGGGAGUCUUCUCUUCUCAUGAGGUGUCCAAAGUACUGGAGCCUCAGCUUCAGGAUCUUUCCUUCCAGUGAGCACUCAGGGCUGAUUUCCUUCAGAAUGGAUCAGUUUGAUCUUCUUGCAGUCCAUGGGACUCUCAAGAGUCUCCUCCAGCACCAGAAUUCAAAAGCAUCCAUUCUUCGGCGAUCAGCCUUCUUUGUGGUCCAGCUCUCACUUCCAUACAUCGCUACUGGGAAAACCAGAGCUUUAACUAUACGGACCUUUGUUGGCAAGGUGAUGUCUCUGCUUUGAUUUAAUGGUUACUUUUCUUUAAAAGGGUGUUCGAGCCAAUCUGGGUCAACCGGCCUUCUAUGGCUUAAGAGUCUGUACGAAAGACACUCUGCACGUGGCCAGAGGGACUGAGCCAGCAUCUGCUUAGAAAGGAAAACAUAAUUCUAGCUACGGCUAUCACUGGAAGGGAACUGUUUCUUCUGAGGUUCAAAAGGGCUAUAUAGGGUGAUGAUCUGUGGACCCAGGGGAGGCCGGUGCUUGGAAUUCAGGGGAAAGGGGUUCAGGACCCUCCAAGGACAAAAUCUCAUCAUGCAGAGAUUUGGGAACCUUGCAGAAAGCAGCCGACACCGUUCCAGAGAGCGAGGGAGGCGUACGUAAGAAUAUCUCCGUCUCCUUUUGAGCCGCUCUCCACGCGGCUUCCUCGGACUCGUACCCCCAUCCUGAAGCUAAGCACCUCUCUCCAGGCUCCGGAAAUUGCACAGCAUUUAAUUUGUGCGAUAACACUCCAAACGGUGUCACGGGCGAUUCAGCCUGGCUGGCAGCAAAGCUCCUUUCCCUCUCUCUCCCCAAGCGUCGGCCUUCGUCAUCUCUUGUUUUGCAAACUAGGCUGUCUGUGGCAAACGUCAACAGAAUUACAGGGCUGCUGGGUCACCUACUUCUGCCCGCCGCAGUGGAGGUUCUGGGCAGCUCAUGAGAUUCUGGGCUUGGGAGGAGAGCUGGACCUCCCUGGAGCAAGGACAGGCAUAGGGAAACACAGCCCUCCAGAUGUUUUGGGACUACAACUCCCAUCAUCCCUGACCACUGGGGUCCUGUAAGCUAGGGAUGAUGGGAGUUGCAGUCCCAAAACAUCUGGAGGGAUGAGUUUCCCUACGCCUGAGCAAGGACCUCCCCUCUUUCUCCUUGUUGUGCUUCUCUGAGGUUUUACUGCAUCAGCUGCCCAAAGGAUGGGAACCUCAGGCUCAGGGGCAAAAAGUGGCUCUUGCAGGCCUCUCCACCUGGACCUUGGGACUCUCCUCAGGCCACGCCCCUGAGGAGGUCUACUUCGCACUCAAUGCACAUAUUUUUGUUGAGUUUGAAGAACAGUGGUGGCUUAGAAUGGGGUUUCUGUGCAUGCAAAAAAUCAAACCCACCCAACAGCUCAGUCGGUCAGGCAUAAGACUCUAAAUCUCAGGGUUGUGGGUUUGAGUCCCGGGUUGGGUGAAAGAUUCUUGCAUUGCAAGGGGUCAGACUAGAUGACCCCUGUGGUCCCAACUCCACAAUCCUAUGGUUCUUUGAUUCCUGCUGCGCAAAGGUAAGAUUUCCAUCCAUUUUGCCUCUGGGCCCAGCAUGUGGCCCCCAGAACCUUGUCCAGAAGGCAAUGUGGCCCCCAGCUUGACAAAACUUCCUUGCCUCUGAUCUACGCCACCAAUGGGGAACCCAGUGCCCUCCAGAUGUUGCCAUUGGUCACGCUGACUGGGGUUAAUGGAAGUUGGGAGUCCAGACUAGAUGACCCCCAGGUCCCUUCCACCUUCACAGUUCUAUGGUUCUUUGACACUUGGAGGGCCACAGGUUUCCUGCCCCAGGGGAUCAACACUACAGGUAAAUCUGGGCUCCCGUCUUACCUAAAAAUCCCUCACUGCGAGAAGUGAGGUUACAGGGAACCAGGCAGAGGGCCUUCUCGGUGGUGGCGCCCGCCCUGUGGAACGCCCUCCCAUCAGAUGUCAAAGAGAUAAAAAAACUACCUGACAUUCAGAAGACAUCUGAAGGCAGCCCUGUUCAGGGAAGUUUUUACUGUGUGACAUUUUUAUGUAUUUUUAAUCUUUGUUGGAAGCUGCCCAGAGUGGCUGGGGAAACCCAGCCAGAUGGGCAGGGUACAAAUAACAAAUUAGUAUUAUUAUUAUUUUAUCAAAGUAAUUGCUGAACUGAAAUACAAUUAAGAAGAAGCAUAUUAAUAUUGAAAUAAUUAUUCAUGUAAAAUGAUUUUUUUAUUCGUAACAAACUUAAUAAUGCAAACACAUUGGCAUUUGGCAGUAACAAAAGUUCCUUUAGAAACACAAUUUUCAAAGGCUCAUUAUCUAGUCUAGUCUAGAAACGUGCUAUAACAUGAAAUAAUAAUAGGUGUAAAUAUAGGAUGCAAACUACUAAUAAUGAUAAAUAGCAGAAUGUAGGCACCCUAUAUAUAGAAAGGAGCAAACCAGUGAUAUUUGAGGGAGCAGGCUAGCAGGUGAGGCCCAUGACUUACAUCAUAGGAGCCUACACAACACGCAGCACUGUUGUUGUACGUACGUUUUAUUUUAUUUGUUUUUUACCUUAUAUUUUGGCAAUGUACAUCCAGUUUGUUUUUCCCUUUAAGUUUUUUUGGAGGCCCCAAGAGAUUGGGGCCCUAAGCUGUAGCUUGUUUAGCUUAUACGUAAAUCUGAUACUGUGCUGCAGCCACAGAUCCUCACCUGUUUGGGGGGACGGGGUGGCGAAGCACACAGACACCAGCUCUGACUGCAGCCUCGUUCGUUCGUUUUCCAGGACAGCCCGGUCAUUGUUAGGCUUGGGGAGAGCAACCUGGUUAUCUGAAGGUAAUCCACCAGCUUCUAGCUCCCUGCCAACAGCUUCUCAGGGGUGAUGGGUCGGCUGCCAAGUCCCAUGUAGCUUUUGCUUCUGGUCAUCUUCUUCAGUUCUGGUGCUUUGGAGAGCAGGGCUGUGCUGGGCUUUGUUUUCUCCUCUGCGGGUUACCUGGGGGCGCCAUUCUAGGCAAAUAUAAAGCGGCUGAGAAACAGCUUUCUGGUGGGGUUUACUUGCGUGUCGAGGUCCCCAAGACACCCACCGAUAAAAACACAAUUGACGCAUAAUUUUGUUUCAGGUCUUUGGCAUAAUUUUUGGCCACAAUUUUAUUAAAAUACAAGCAAUGUGCGUGGUUGCUUAGGCAUUGGUUGCGACUAUCUGUGGGACGCAGGUGGCGCUGUGGGUUAAACCACUGAGCCUCUUGGGCUCGCCGUUCUGAAGGUCAGCGGUUCGAAUCCCCGUGACGGGGUGAGCUCCCGUUGCUCGGUCCCUGCUCCUGCCACCUAGCAGUUCAAAAGCACGUCAAAGUGCAAGGAGAUAAAUAGGUACCGCUCCGGCAGGAAGGUAAAUGGCGUUUCCGUGCACUCUGGCACUCGUCACGGUCCUCCGUGCGCCAGAUCAGAGACUUGCUGACAGGACUCCAUCAUUGCCCCAAACAAUCCUAUCCAAUAUUAGUUAAGAAUAAUUACCCCUCAACACCCCUCUCCCACUGGCUAUCUCCAUGGGGGCACUUCAGACCUUUAGGCCAAAUUCAGACUCCACAGUUCCGGGCAGGUGGUAGCCUUAGUUGUAGGGCUAACUCCAAGUUUGAGAGAGGGCUCUGGCCAAUUUGGCACAUCCACCACAACAAUAAGGGGACGCAGGUGGCGCUGUGGGUUAAACCACAGAGCCUAGGGCUUGCUGAUCAGAAGGUCAGCGGUUCGAAUCCCUGCGACCGGGUGAGCUCCCAUUGCUCAGUCCCUGCUCCUGCCCACCUAGCACUUCGAAAGCACGCCAGUGUAAGUAGAUAAAUAGGUACCAUUCCGGCGGGAAGGUAAACGGCAUUUCCAUGCGCUGCUCUGGUUCGCCAGAAGCGGCUUAGUCAUGCUGGCCACAUGACCCAGAAGCUGUAUGCCGGCUCCCUCGGCCAAUAAAGCGAGAUGAGCGCCGCAACCCCAGAGUUGUCCGCGACUGGACCUAACGGUCAGGGGUCCCUUUACCUUUUAUUGGACACGGACAGUAAAAGUCUCAGGGUGGAAGGCAAGUAGAUUGGGCUGCCUUGGUUUAAGUCUCCUAUUAAAGGGGUUAAAGGAAGGGGUGGGAUUAGCAGAAAAAUGUCCUUUUGCGUGUCAGCUGCCCAAGACUGGUGGAUGCUGCGAAAUCCUCUUAUGGCAAAUGCUUGUCGAAUAUUCAGACAUUCCAGUUCAUCUGGGUGACCUGCAAGGCAAAUCUGUUCAGCUCUUCCCUAUUCUCCGCCUUUCCUUUCCUCUGUGGAUUUCUAGCAUUGGCUUCCUUUUUUAAAAUAAUAAUUUAUGUGCCAAAAAAGUUGCAAGCAGAACAUAAAGGAAAGAAACGAUGAGUCAGGCAUUUAAACCAUAAAGCGCCACAGCCCGGAGGCACAAAAGUACCAUAUUAUAGUGCAAAUCAAAAGGGCUAUAUAAAUAAUAAAGUAUUAAUUAACUCAUACAAAGAUUCUCUUUACAAAUACUAAUGAUUUAUAAAAAUAAUAGUAUUCUCCACUUGUGAGUUCCAUUAUUAUUGAGAACAAAGGUUUUAGGAGCCAGAUGGUGGCACUGAAAAACCAUAUGCCUCAAUAUUUGUAUGAGAAAUAAAAUCAUGCCAUAUUACGGCACGUUGAAUUUUUAAACUUUGAAAUUCCCAAAAUGAAGGCUGCUAAAAAGUUGUCACGUGAUUCGAAAGGUAUUUUGGUUAAAUUAAUAUAAUUUAGGUUUGCUCUGUAGGUAAAGUUGCAUGGAAGUCAUUGAAAACAAUUGCCAAGGGCUUGCAGGUUUAUUAUAUACUAAUAUCAUUUUUAGUUGUUAUUCUUUAGCAUUGCCUAACAGUUUCAGAAGGCAAAAUAAAAGUUCUUUGGUUUUCCGAAAGCAGUGUGCUUCAUCAAACGUAGACUUGCCAAGCUACAUGCUGUCCAGUCACAAAAAUAAUAGCAGAUUUGAAUCCCUCACACCCAGAAACAUAUUUGAAGAAAUUUGCAAAAAUUAAGUUUCACCCCCUAAAAUGACACACAGUGAUGUCAAAUAUAAGGGGCAGGGAACGGUCAUUCGAGCUCUGCCCUUUGGAUCAGAAUAUCCCAAACCUGGGUCUCCAGAUGGUUUUGGACUACAACUCCCAUCAUCCCUAGCUAGCAGGACCAGAGGUCAGGGAUGAUGGGAAUUGUAGUUCAAAAACGGCUGGAGACCCAAGUUUGGGAAACUCUGCUUUAGAGAUUUCUUUUUUUAAAAAAAAAUGAUAUUUAUUGAGAAUUUUAAGAUUACAAAGAAACAAAGAAAAAAAAGAAGGAGAUUUCUAGUGUAUACAGUCAUACCUCGGGUUGAAGUAGCUUCAAGUUAAGUGCGUUACUUCUGGGUUUCGUCGCUUGCACAGGCGCUCAAAAUGACGUCACGCGCAUGCGUGGAAGCGGCGAAACGUGACCCGUGCACAUCCAGACGCACAGUCAUGGCUUGCAUUUACUUCAGGAUGUGAACGGGGCUCCAGAAUGGAUCCCGUUCGUAUCCAGAGGUAUCACUGUACAGUUGUACCUUGGCUCCCCAACGCCUUGGGAGUCGAACGUUCCGGCUCCUGAACUAUCGUAAACCAGAAGUGAGUGUUCCGGUUUUCUAUCGUACUUUUGAAAGCCGAAAGUGUGACAGGGCUUCCGAUUGGCUCCAGGAGCUUCCUGCAGCCAAUCAGAAGCCGCACUUUAGUUUCCGAAUGUUUCAGAAGUCGAACAGAUUCUGUGCAAGGUACCAUUUCAAGGAGGGCCAAAUUCUGCCAUUUGCCUCCUGCCGACCUCACCGUCCUCUCUCCCACCUUUGCAGGUGAUCAUCUGACUCCAAGCCGCCGCGACGCAGAUGGGACAUUGGAUCAAGGGGAGGCCUGCGGCCAAACAGCCAUCAUCCGAGGCUUGCGAGCGCUGGGCGCUGAAGAAGGUGAAGGACUGCCCUCGUUUUCCCCCCACCAUGCUCUUGGGAAACCGCCAGCGUCCUGGAGCAGAGCCAUGGGGCAGGCCCUCCAUGGGUGUAACGCCGUCCGUGCCACCUGGAGAGUCGAACUCUGGAGGACACCCUUGGCAUUGCAAAGACUCUCCCCUGCCCUUCUUCCCCCCUGCGCAAGGACCUAAGGGAAGCAACGCGGUGGGGGCUUUAGGGGAGGGGCUCCUUUCGGCCGCCAAACUUGGAAUACCACUACAUGUGCGCUUUUGUUUACAUGGCAUGGAAUCAGCUCUCUAGGGCCAGCCAGGCUGGGUAGGCUUCUGAACAGUGAAAAAAUAGUUUUUGGGGGGGUUUUCCCCCCCAGGGGCGAAUAUCCUCCAUAGAUCUAACACAGGGCCAAAUUCUUCUGCAGAGGAAAUAGAUGCUUUAGAAGUUUUUCGCUUUCCCGAGCUGCUGUACAUGAUCCGGUCAUGAGGGCAUAGGGUUUUCUCAGCACCAAACCAGCAAUAUUUGCUUUUGUUUCUUUGAGUUGUAUCGUGCCUUUCCUCCCAGGAAGUUAAGGCGGCAAACGUGGUUCGUCUCCACCUGUUUUAGACUCACAACCAAGCAGAGAGGGAGGUCUGGCCCAAGGUCACCCAGUGGACUGAGUGGGGAUUCGAACCCUGGUCUCCCAGGUCCUAGACUUGGCGCUACAACACACCUUUCUGCCACUGGGGGAGGGGGGGCGUUCAUCCCUACGAUUCCCCACCUGCCCCCUAAGUAGCUAUUAUGGUAGCUUAGUGCAGUUAUGAAACGGGUUUCCUCCAAUGUCAUGCGCACCCCCACAAGAUGCAAGCAUGUUGUGGCCCGGCUCCUGACUCCCUCAUGUCACCCUCAUUUUAAUGGGGGGGCUUUAUUUAGAGAGCAAUCUAUUGCUCUCCUGGUAUUGACCGAAAGCGAGCGCUUGUUUUUGUGUGUGUCUGGAAACGCCCUUGGGGCCUGAUCCAUGGGAAGCCCUCCAUGCAAAUGCCACCCAGCACCUGUCUGCUCAGCAGCAAGCCCUGCUGAAUUCAAUGGGACUUACACCCAAGUAAGCGCGUACAUAGGGUUGCAGGCUCGAGCGAUUGUCUGGUCCCUGGCCACGUCGGUGGGGCUGGAAAGCCUUUCUCGUGGAUCGUGCCCAUCGAAUCGUAGAAUGGUGGAGUUCAAAGGGAACCAAAGGGCCCCUUCAUCCUCCGUGAGCAAACGCUGUUCCCGUGUUUGGGAACACGAGGAGGUGGGAAAACAGACUCCUGUCUUUCCUCCUGGGAAAUAGGCGUGCAGGUAAGGUCUUGCUUUCGCCCCACCUGGUCCUUUCAUCUCGCAUCACCUGUUAACGCACCUGGAUUCGCCGCCUUGGUCCUGGGAAGUCCCAAGAUUGUGCAGACAUUUCUGGAAUAGUUCCGUCUAGUUCAGCCUCCUGUCUCCAGGCGCAGAAUCACUGCAAUGGUAGAGUUGGAAAGGAUCCAUAGGGGUCAUUUAGUCUGACCCCCUGCAACCCGGACGCCUCUAGAAAGCUCACAAGCAGGAGACAGCCCCCUUCUCCUCCUCUUAGUCUCCCAGCUUCUGGAGGUAGAAACCAGCAACCGAUGAAUCUCUCUCUGUUCCGAAAACCCCUCUGUCAGGGAGAGACGACUUCGGCCGUGCCUGGAUUCCAGCUUCCAGUGUCCCUGGAUCAUUUUGGCGGGGGCAGUUGGGAGCUGGGGGUCUCCAACAACUUCUGGAGAGCCAUGGGUUCCCACCACUGCAUUACCAGAGAGUGCGCACGCAUAUGCGCAUGGGUUUAGCGAUGCUCAUUAUUUAAAGGUUCUGCAUGGGGGAAACAGUGGCCAGGAUGAAAAUGCAGCUCAUUCCAAUUUGCAUGAUUUCCUCUUCCUCAGAUUAAUUUAUAUUGCUUGGGCCAGGUGCAAGGGAAGGGGGGGCUUGAGAGAGUGCUGAAAGUUGUUUAAGAAUCCCCUCUGGCUUCUUAGCAGGCAUUCCCACACUUUGACAGCGAUGAAGACUAGGCACUUGUUCUUGAAAAAGAAAGAAAAGUGUUCAGUCAUUCUGAAUGGAGGAGCAAAGCUACAUCUCCAGAAAUUGAAUUCCACGUUCUUUCUUUUUCUCUUGAUUUAGAAGAUCCCGCUUUUGAUUAAAAUAAAGAGCAGAACGAGCAUUAAAUAUGAGCUUCCGAUUUAAAACAGACACUAUAAGCAAGAGCCAGUGAGAUCAACAACAAAAAUGUAGUCUACACACUCAAAUCUACCCUUGGGCAAUGUGUACAAGCUAAAGGUGCCCUAAUGAGCUUGGCCAUGUUGCUAGACCUCAGUGUGCAGGGCAGGUAGCGCCUUAGAAACGUGCUGUCUUUGGGAUCCUAAAACGGCAGGCUAGGAAACAGGCUGCGUCUUGAUUUUCUACUGCUAAUCUAGGGGUGGACUAGAUGACUCUUGGGGUCCCUUCCAACGCUACCAUUCUAAGUCCCACAGAGGAACUGAAAGGGGGCAGGGGUGGUUGCAGUUUGAACUUCCAGGUUGUAGUGGGCACCCGGCAGCCAGACUGAGCCUUGGCACCUUUUAGGAAUCAAAUGUUUCAGGCCCUUGGUUGUGGAAACAUCAUUUGCUAAACCUUGAGGCUGGCAGAUUCCAGCUGUUUUCCAUCCAGCUGUUUACAAACAGUCUACUGCUCUUAACCCAGCUCAUCAGCCAACACAGCUUUUUUCUGUUAUCUGUCAUUACUAUUAUUAUUAAUUUUUUUCUACAUCAAAAUGUUAUUUAUAUGGGCAAAGCAGGGGGAGGAGGGGGAACUUCUGACCUCCUCAAACCAGCCACCCCUCUCCACCCUAGCUCAGACUCGGCCCUUUGUCUUAUUUAUUUUUAUUGAUGGUUUGUGGUGUUUUGUCGGGGAGAGAAGGUUGGGGGGGGGUCUUUUAUGUUAAGGGUGUUAUCGGUGGCUUUCAAGCCUGUGGGUUUCGUUUCUGUACAUUGAUAAAUAAAAGCAAUCUUGAAAGCG